AUGCGGGACGCUGAAGUAGUUUGCCGCCAGCUUGGAUUCGAUGGAGCGUUAUCGGCAUCUCGUGAUGCAUCAUUUGGACAAGGAAAUGGUCCGAUAUGGCUGGAUGACAUGAACUGUGUAGGAAUGGAGAUUUCGAUAUCGGACUGUCAUCACAGUGGAUGGGGCGUCCAUAACUGUGGUCACUAUGAUGAUGCUGGCGCAGUUUGCCGACCGACAGGUAAGCUUGUGAGCUUACAGUUAACUGGCUGAGUAUCUCCUUAACUUCGUCAAAGAGACUUUAAAGGUCUCUUGAUGAACCCCUACGAAGCAAGGAAAACUAGUUUGAAUUUCUACAUUGACAACAGUUACUUUGAGGAGUUCCACUAAUUACUCAUUUCCCUUUUUCUCCAAUUUUCUUCACUGAUCAUCAUUUGAUCGGCAGCAUUAGGCUCGUUGUUAUUCAUUUGUAAGAUCCUCAAGAAAAUGUUUGAUUUUAUGAUCUAACAAAAAGCGUUCAAUCUGCCAAGAGGAGUUGACACACAUUCCUACUCAUGCCUACAAAUCGUAUUCUUUAGAGGAAAUUAAGUACUGACUAUAUGGUACAAUUCGUGUACUAUAUAGCUCGUACUAAAUUUCCCCUAAAGAAAGUUGUCGGAGGCUAUAGGUUAAAGAAGAACUAAAACGACGCGUCUAGAUUUCUUAGUGCCUUCAACCAAGCAUGGUACGAUCUGCAGCCAGUUUACCCUAAAACAGUUCGCAACACAGUUAAGUAGCCUAGUACUAUUGUAUCCUUAUAUCGACAACAGUGCGUUUGGUGGGUUCCGCCAAUUGGCCAUCUUCUGGUCGUGUUGAAGUGCUGUUCAAUGGCACAUGGGGAACCAUUUGUGACCACUCGUGGGACUUACAUGACGCUGAUGUAGUUUGUCGUCAGCUUGGAUACGAAGGAGCUUUAACAGCGUCAAGAGGGGCAGAAUUUGGACAAGGAACAGGUCAGAUAUGGCUGGAUGACGUUAGGUGUGUCGGAGAUGAGACCUCAAUAUCAGAAUGUCGCCACGGGGGAUGGGGAGUGUACAACUGUGGACAUAGUGAAGACGCUGGUGUGGUGUGCCGAACAGCAGGUAAAGUGAAGAUAUCAGCACACUAUGUCAUGAUUCAUUGUGUAUCUAUUGCCUCCAAUAAAUGCUACCGUGCAUGAAGAAUACUUUAAAGUUGUCAAAGUAUAGAGAUUUAACGUGCUUUUUUCCAGCCGGAACGAGUGGUUUUAUUGAUAAAAACCAAGAAGUGUGAGGAUAUCGUAUGGAGUUUCCAUUGUUUGUCACGAUUGUUAUUUGUAUGCCGAGUCUAUUUUAGCCCUUGACUGUGAUUCAUAUCCAUACAAAAGUUUAAUCAAUAUACCAAAACGACAGAGGAGAUUGUCGAAUCAUAAAGCGUUACUCCAAGUAGGGCCAAAAUGGCUGGUAGAAGCAAUAAAAGAUUUCGUUUUUUGCUUGUUCGAAAACCUGCAAAAUGGAAUUUUUCAUGUUUGAUUUGUACCUUUCUUGAUUUCACAACCAAAACCUUUAGGCACCCUCGUGUUUAGAACUCUGAAGCUGCAAACAGACAGUACCGGUAGUAAAUUUUACGCGGUCGAACGUUUUUGCGCUGAAGAGUUCUACCCACCCAAAGCCAUCUAGCUCAUGGCAAAAUUUAGACAUCAGCCAUUCAAAAAAUUUUAGUUCCAAAAAUGGAGACGAAGUUUCAGCCGUUAUGGUCCAGAAUUUAACCGGCGUAGUGUGAAACGUUGAGCGACAUUUUUUAAAACAUUAGCUCCGUUUAGGAUUCGAAGUGGUAACAUAUAUUGAUGUGCUCGCUCUUAGCUUGACCCACAGGAUUUUUUGCCGUUUUUUAUGAGCCUCUUAGUUGUCUUCAUGAAACACGGUUGUCCCCUCUGCAGGUAUAGUUCAGUCAUUUUCUAAGACAUUAAUUCUUUCUAGCGACUUACUCUGAACAAAUUUCUUGAGGUGUGUUCCUUCUCGACAUGACCAAAGUGAGCCGUACCCGAUGUUAAAAACUUAAGAGAGUGUCUCUGUAAGAGCGGUCCGGUCGAUUUUGCUUGAGACACAGAUUUCGCUCAUUUCUUGUGUGUUGUAAGACAUUCAUGUAACUAUACUAAAACCACAAUCCGUUUGAUCGGAUCUCUUUAUUUUCUUUAGUUACCUUUUCUGUGGCACCUACUUCCUAGCUAUGUUAGUUGGAUCUAUUAAGAACGCCUCACUUUUUCGAAAAUUUACUUUGAAUUUGAUCGGUUUUGGCGUGUGCGACUUAAGCGAACCGUUAAGGUGUCAUUCAAGUCUACCUGUUUCCUUGAUUGAAACGUGAUGUUUACAAAAGUCGCCUCUAAUAGGUAAGAUAGAGUUAAUAUACAUGGCUGUGGUAUUUGUUUUUUGCUGAGUUGCGUAGUUUUUUGUAAACUGUCCUCCAAAGUUGUCUGAAAUUAAAGUCUUGAAAAGUGUCACAACAAGCCUUCGCUCGAGUGAAAUUUAAUUUCUGUAAAACUCUGAAAAAUAAAGAGAUCCGAUCAAACGGAUUGUGGUUUUAGUAUAAGUACAUGAAUGUCUUACAACACACAAGAAAUGAGCGAAUUCCGUGUCUCAAGCAAAAUCGACCGGACCACUUUUAGAGAGAUAUCAGCCGGUAAUCCAAUUCUGCCAAACUUUCUCUGCUCAUCCCUGAUUCAACAGUCAAUGGGGCUAAAUUAUACGUUGUUUUCCCCGGCAUCUUUUGAUACAGACAACAGGUUACAUGAGAGUUUGGGCAUUUUAGCACAUUAUGGAGAGCAGCCCUUUUGGCUAACUAUCAUUAAAUGGCACAGUGAUUUUUAGGUUUAUAGAUCCUAAUGCUUUUAAGACACGACCAUCUCCCGGUGCUACAUUCUCAUCAUCAUGAACGCCUUUGAUUUUCUUUACUCUCAUCGGCUGCCUCUUGCACCAAACUUGCAAGGACUGAAUUGACCCACAAGACAGAUAAAGGGGACCGGUUUUUAUGCAUGCCAUAAAAACUCAUUUUAAGAUUACAAAGGCGCUCCCUUCAUCUUAAGGGCAAUCCGGGCUGGCGUGUUUUUGUAGGGUUCUCUGUAAAUGCGACGUAUUCCAUUCGAUUCUUUUUCACUCAAACCAAAGGAAGAGUCUUCAAACGUCAUGGUAUGUUGUUUCUGUCGACCUUUCCCAGCUUCUUUUUUUUCUCACCAAGCUCAUUUUCCUCGGUCAACAGACUUCCACCUUGUUCGGCCGCUUCCCUUUGCCUUGUUGUUGCUUAUGCUUUUAAAACUCUCUGACACCAAUAAUUAAGCGUUGUGCUUUUUCUCUGUUUGGUAUUGCUCAAUGGAGGUAACAUAACACAAAGGACAUCAAGCUUUUAAUAUUUCCCCUUCUACCGACGAAAUGUAAAACUCCUCAAGAAAUUGGUUAAGGGCCUCCGGUUCGUACUUUUAAAUAAUUACGCCAUAGCCGUUUUUUAAAGCCAAAGCCACUUUCCCAACAAUUGGAAGAAUCCCUUGACUGGGUCUCUUGUUUAUCCUAAACCUCCUUCGCACUCUAGUUCCUUUCCUGGUUCUUUACAAAAAAAUAGAGCUGAAUCUCUCCUGCUCAGUAUUACCAUCAUUGAUGUAUAAAUAUCCUAAUCGUCCCUGUCUAUCAGAGUAUCGCGCUUCACUCCAUUACGGUAGACAACCGCGAUCUUAUCACCAUAACAGGAUGAUUGAUAGGGAUAGGCGCUAAUUGUGAUUUCAUGUUCAUUGCUUUCUAAAACUUCGGAAAUGCUGAUGAACGAUUUUAAACCAAACAAACACUGGUGUUGUUUGUGUCAGUGAUAUGAGUUAGUUUUUUAGACUCUGGAACACUUGAUUUCGGGAAAAAUUGACUUUUUUCAAAAUUCAAUUUAGUCCUUUGAUUUCGAGGGGGUUUGAUACAUGCGGUUCCUAAUUUGUUUAUUUUGUUUAUCUGAACCAUGUGAAAAGGGAAAUUAUGGUUACCAUCUAAGAAAGCUUUUUCAGACGUUUUUGUUUAUUUACUGCGUGAAUCUCAGACUCUGCGUUCUUAUUCCGCCGAAACAGCUGUUCGCUUGGUGAACUCUUUCAAUCACUCAUCUUCUGGUCGUGUUGAGAUACGACACAGUGGUACAUGGGGAACCAUUUGUGACCACUCAUGGGACAUACAGGACGCUAAAGUAGUUUGCCGCCAGCUUGGAUUCGAUGGAGCGUUAUCGGCACCUCGUGAUGCAUCAUUUGGACAAGGAAAUGGUCCGAUAUGGCUAGAUGACAUGAACUGUGUAGGAAUGGAGAUUUCGAUAUCGGACUGUCAUCACAGUGGAUGGGGCGUCCACGACUGUGGUCACUAUGAUGAUGCUGGCGUAAUUUGUCGACCUGCAGGUAGGGUGGUGAUACACUCAUAUAUAACAUUAUCGAGGUAAGCAAAUUUGUAAAUGAAGAUCACUUUUAAAGAGCAUUUUUAAAAGGGCUUUCCCCUUUUGCCCAUAGAGCUUGUGAGCUUACAGGUAACUGGCUAAGUAUCAUCCCCACAAGCGAACGAGGUCUUUUGACGAACCCUUACUAUAAAAGACCAACUAAGUUGAAUUCCCAUAUUACCAGGUCCUCGUAAAAGUGUUUGAUUUCAUGCUCUUACAAGAAGUAUUUCAACUUCCAAGGGGAGUAGACCACGUCCCCAAUCAUACCUAACAAUCUUAUAUUAAAUAAAAUCGUGUAUUAGUUAGUUUUUUUUUUAUAAUGUCCUGCAAAGAAAGUUGUUAGAGGUUACAGCGAUAAGGAAAACCUAAAACGACCGCCAAUUUCCGCUAAAACAGUUGGCAAACCAGUUGAUUAGCCCAAGUAUAAUUGUAUUCUGAUAUCGACAACAGUGCGUUUGGUGGGUUCCGCCAAUUGGCCGUCUUCUGGUCGUGUUGAAGUGCUGUUCAAUGGCACAUGGGGAACCAUUUGUGACCACUCGUGGGACUUACAUGACGCUGAUGUAGUUUGUCGUCAGCUUGGAUACGAAGGAGCUUUAACAGCGUCAAGAGGGGCAGAAUUUGGACAAGGAACAGGUCAGAUAUGGCUGGAUGACGUUAGGUGUGUCGGAGAUGAGACCUCAAUAUCAGAAUGUCGCCACGGGGGAUGGGGAGUUCACAACUGUGGACAUAGUGAAGACGCUGGUGUGGUGUGCCGAACAGCAGGUAAAGUGAAGAUAUCAGCACACUAUGUCAUGAUUCAUUGUACAUCUAUUGCCUCCUCAGAGAUAAAUGCUAACGUAUACUGAAAAUACUUUAAAGUUGUCAAAGUAUAGAGAUUUCACGUGUUUUGUCCAACCGGAACGAGUGAUUUUAUUGAUAUAAACCUAGAAAACUAGGGAUGCCAUAUGGAGCACGUUUCCAUUAUGUAUAAUGUUUGUUAUUUGUAUGCUGAGUUUUUUUUUUUGAGCCCAUUGACUCCUGCCUGUGGUUCAUAUCCAUACAAAAGUUUUAGUUAUCAAACCAAGUAGCUGAACUGGCUGGUAGAAGCAACAAAAGAUUUAGUUCCUUGUGCGUUCGGAAAGCUGCAAAACGGCAUUUUCAUUCGUUCCUUUCUUGAUGUUACAACCAAAAGCUCUAUGCACUUUCGUGUUUCGAAUUCUUAAGCUGCAAACAGACAGUACCGGAAAAAAUUUUAAGCGGUCGAAAGUUUUUGCGCCGAAGUGUUGUCUUCACCCAAAGCUAUCCAGGUCAUGGCAAAAUUUGGACAUCAGCCAUUCAAAACACAUCGAUGUGCUUGGUCCUUGCCUUUUUUUUUUAGCCCCUGAGUUGUCUUCAUGAAAAUCGGUUGUCCCUUCUGGAGUUAAAUUUCAGUCAUUAUCUUGACAUGUAUUCCUUCUACCGAAUAACCAUGAACACAUUUCUUUAGGUGUGUUCUUUACGCAUGUCCGAGACGUUGAUGCCACAAGUAGCUGUCUCGACAUGGCACAAAUGAGGCGUACCGAAUAGAAACAACUUAACAAUCUAGUCGAUAGAGUUUGUCAGCCGGUAAUCCCAUUCUGCUGCACUUUCCCUGCUUAUUCCUGAUCCAACAGGAAAAAAGGGUUCAGAUGAGUUUGGGCACAUUAGCACAUUGUGGGGAGCAGCCCUUUGGCUCACUUCCAUAAAAGAGCUUUGUGAUUCGUAGGCUUACAGAUCUUAAUAAUUUCACGACACAAACAUCUCCCAGUGCAACAUUUUAAGGCUCGUACUUUUCCUUUAUAAUAUGAGUUGAUUCCUCUGAGUAAAUUGAUAUUUUUCUUAAGGUGAUUCCUCAAAAGAAAAAAGUUCUCAAAAGGUCCCUACCAGUGUCUGUCUCUAAAAAAUACCGGUGAUACCGGCAAUAAAUCAAAAGAUAGGUCACCAUGCUUUUUAAAGAGAUAUGAUGGGCCAAACUUACCCCAUUUAUGACUUUAAUGGCACCAAUUACGAGCGUCAUUUCACCGGCUCACGGUACAUUUUGCGGUAGCUGGAGGAAAGUGUUUUUUUAAGUAAUGUUUGAAAAAGACUUGUUAGGUAGAAUUUCUAAAGCGUGUUAAGCAAUUUGAUAUAUAAUUUGUGGAAAAAAUCAUGCAAUUUUAAAUGACAUUGAAUGAAAACUUUCCUUGAGUCGUUGUUCUUAAGGUCAUAAUUUGCAUCCCCGAGUUACGGGCGUCGUGCACGCUCUUUUUUCCCCUCCGACGAAUUAUUUAUUUCUCCAAUUUCAAGGAAUAUUUUAAUAAAACAAAAUUAUGCAAUGAAAAAUAAAGGUAACCGUACUCAUUCAAGAGCAAAAGACCAUCGUACCUGUUAACCUUGUCCAUUGAUUAAUUACAAUAUCAUGUUAUUGGAAUGAGCGCGCGCUUAUUUGCUUGGUUACUUAGUUUUUAAGUGCAGUACAGAAUGCUCAGUGCAAUACUGAGGUAUCACGAUAACUGAUUACCUUCUUAUUCCGCUUAAACAGCUGUCCGUCUGGUUAAUUCCUACAAUUCGUCACAUUCCGGUCGGGUUGAAGUGCAAUACAAAGGUAUAUGGGGAACCAUAUGUGACGACUCAUGGGAUUUAAAGGACGCUGAUGUAGUUUGUCACCAGCUUGGAUACAAUGGAGCUUUAGUAGCAUUUCGUAGCGCAGCAUUUGGACAAGGAACAGGCCAGAUAUGGUUGGAUGACGUGCAAUGUGUGGGAAAUGAGACAUUAAUAUCACACUGCAAUCAUUUAGGAUGGGGAGUUCACGACAUUUACUGUCGGAGCAGUGAUGACGCCGGUGUAGUUUGCCGACCCUCGGGUAAGAGGAUGAUGCUAGUAGACACCACAUAUCAAACUUCUUUCAUAGUCUUUUUUCUUUUAAAUAGGCGAGGAAGCGCGACGCGCGAGUUGAGGUUCUUUAUACGCUGGUGGUGUGGACGAGGAGCAAAUAGAAGGUCUUUGAACAGACUUCCUUCCACCUACCUCCUUGCCCAUUUUUUUUAAUUGCUUCUUACGUGUUAUGUAUAAACGCUAUUUGCAAUAACUCGCAGAAAAAUUUAUAUUACUACCUUUUUUCACGGGCAUAUCUAAUUCUGUGGUACCCAUUUUGUUUACACUCCUUGAGAAAUAUCUAGUUAAGUGCAACGGUAUUCCAUCACCGCACUGAUGAGUCACGUAAAAUUGUGUUACGUCUGUGCGAACUAAGUAUGUCCCCUUUGGAAGUAAGCAGACGCCUAAUCAACACGCAAGCGGGAAAUUGCCACGCUAUUGCUGUUAAGCGUUAGUUUGCAAAUAAUUUCCAAAGGCCGACCUGAUGUCGACACACGAGAGAGAAGCUAUUAAAAGAGUUUGGAAUAGCUCUUACGAGCAUAUCGAAGUCAAAGUCGAAGGUGAUAAUGACACCAAUAGCAUGGAAAACCUCUUGAAGAGCUAGCUAAUAUGGUUACUCCCGUGAUGAAAGGAGGCUUUGAAAAGAAGCCAGGUAGAAUUGAAUAAGUUUAACGGAGCAGAAAACCGCGAGACUCUCACCAAAUUACUAUAAGAAAAAAACUAACCUUUUAGGUCCAAUGAUGCAAAAGGCUCAUCUUCAACGUUAUCGAUGCAAUGACAAAUAAAUGAUUGAGAAACUUCUGAAUCAUAUAUCGUCGCUACCUAUCAGAAAGGAUUUUUUUAAUACACUCAAAUGUUGCGCUUUUCAUUGUAAUGCAAACAGGGAGUUAUAACACCGACGUAAAAAAGCUGACUAUUACAACACAGACAAACGUCUUAUCUAUUCGACGCUGGCAAUCACUGCAUGACUUGGCUUGUUGGAGAUCUUCAAUUUUUCUAAAACAGGUUCAAGAGUUGACGUAGAUUAGCCAUAUUUUCACAUCUGCGAAAAAGCAUCAAAUUAUCAAGUGUCGGAAUAAUUCAUGAUUUCCCAAAAUCGAUAAAAGCGAUUCUUUUGUGCUUUAUUGGCAGGGCAGAUAUUAAAAGAUCUAUCCUAAUCAGUUGAGACAUUUUGAAUUGAAUACAAUUAACUCAAGAAUAAACAUCCAAGAAAUUAAAAAAAAAAUGACUCAUGAAUCUUAAGCUGAUUACAUAAAAUAAAACCGCUCUCUUACUAUAACCGACAUCUAUUUGUAUUCUGACCAAGUGGUUACCUACAUAUUUGUGAGUACAAUGCAAAAAUCCGUUUCAAUACGCGAACAUAGCUCUGGCACUUCACUACAAUGAAUUUCGAAUUCAGCGACUGUCCUCUUAGUUUCCUGAUCUGGAAGCAAAAUUAUCAUAUCACAAGCGUCUUCAACACAACCCGAGUAUGUUUCACUCGAGAUGAAUUGUAACUGGUUGCAUGUUUUUUGACACAAACCAUUACCUCAAAUGUGUGCGAUUUGGGUAGAACACCAAAAAGAUUAGUUAUGCCAAUAACCUUGGUCAAGCUAUACAAUUCGCUUUUCCGAGGUAGAACCAAUUCUUCCGUAAAACCCAAAUUCAGAGAAGAUUUGAAUUACUUCCUCCUCUUUUUUUUGUCCUACCUCAACCGUUCACAAAUCUCUUAACUCCUUUUUCUUCAAUUUAUGCUAAUAUCUGAUUUGACGAAUGUGCUAGUUUCUUUUCACACGUUCUUUACUUAACGUGAAUUCGAGACCAAUUUAACAAAUAUUUCAUAUCAGUGAAAUAUACCCAGACAAAUUUGGUGAGCAUUAAUCAUAGAACGCAAACUCUUUUUGCUAACCAAAGAAAUUGGAAUGUGCUUCGCUAUCAAACUCAGUAAGUUUGACCUUAAAAUUGGCCAACACACUGCUAUCAAUAUAAGGGAAGUAAACAACGGGAGCACAUCAUAUCAGUGGCAGGGUGGAGUUCAGCUGACAGAUUUGCUUAGCGCAGUUACCAAUGAAUACUCAAGUAAGCCAUCGAAAACGGAUUGCAUUAGCCAUUAAAUAAAGAUUGAAUAAGUAAACUAAACUUACCUUUAUUGGACUAGACUGGAUUCUUAUCGUACCCGUCCCUUUACGUUUCGAUGACGCUCAAAGGGUUACUGACGCCAAUUUUUUUCUUUUUUUUUUUUGUCCCAAUACAUUCCUCUUACGUUAAAGAAUCCUAAAUGAGCAAUUUAACGAAAUAUUGCGCAAAACCAAAUUUUCUACGAAUUUUUUUUGACGCUCAAUCGACGGCCAUUUUGAAAACGUUCCGAUUUUAGGUCACAUGAUGUGAUACGUCACACGUGUGUAAGGCAGUGAAAAGAGUCAAGUAAGACCUGAAAGUAACAACUUCGCCCUCGCUGUCCGGCUGCUGCCGAAAUUUACGAGUGGAAAAAAUGAAGAGAUUUGUUCCAUUCUGUUAUAGGCCACCAUUUAGAGACUAUCAAAUACGAAGUGAGAAAUAAAAUAAUGAAGGUUGAAUAAUCGAAACGUGAGGGAUUGCAUGUCUGUAUUCAGAGCCACAAGUGAAUUGCACGCUAUUCCAAAUAGCUGUAAAAAUAUAUAUAAUCCUACAAUUUUUUCCUCUUAACCAUUAUCGAGUCCUAUACUCAGCUAACGACUACCAAGGAUUUGGUGCAAAAGUUGCUGGAUUUAAAAAAAAAAGCUAAGUUUUUCGUGUGUCUCACGAUGUAGUCAAGUGUGAUGUAGAUCGCGACGUUUCGACUGCAUACUGCCAGUCUUCUUCAGGCGAUGAGGUCGACUGGUCAUGCGUGAUCUUAUAAAGUAUGACGCUCUGCUGUGAUUAGUUUUUUUUUUUUUUCGAAACGCUUUUAUUGUUAUUCACCACGAUGAAAAACCACAACUUUUUCAAGCUGGAUUUAGCUUUAAGCUGGUAUUAAAGAAGUUCCUACUCCUGAGCAAAUAAACGAAACUCGAAGAAUAAAAAGAAAACUCUCACUGUCUAACGAAAAAUUAAGGAUAGAAAACUCGAGCUCCGUGGUCACAAAGGAGACUUACACUACACAAAAACCACAAAGCCGGGCCUUAUCAAAACUAACAGCAAACAGGGUAUGAGAAAGACAUUUCUCGCUUUUGCUUAUCUUUGCUUUUGUAGACCUGGUAUCAGUUUAUGUAUGUAAAUUAGUUGCUUUGGCCAUUAAAGUAGUAAUGUAUUUUUGAAAAAAAACAGUUGAUGGUCGAGUUUGAUCGCAUCAGUAAAUAUAAUGUAUCAGUUGCUACAUCAUCGACAAGCACUUGUGAAGCAGCCCUCGAUGAACUACCAGACACAAGAAAUGCUAACAAAAGUUAUCUCCUAGUGACAUAAGUAAAGGUUUCUUCAAGAAGAGGAUUCAACCACAAGAAUACAUGUAGAUGUAUGAUAAAAACUCUUUUCUUUGGAGAAAAAUGCUAAUGACAUAACAAAAGGAAAGAAAAGAUAAAUUUAACCCUUGCACUAAAGUUUACUCAUCUGCAUAAGUAAAACCGGUAAAAACCAUGUCCUCCUCCAGCUGGUUGGCUCUGGGAUGUGGGCACGUAUGAAAUUCACAGCAUAAGAAGGCAAAGGGACCCGGAUAUUUUGCCCAGAGUACCCCAACACCACCUGACUAGUUGCCUGUAAGCAAUGUGGCGGUUUUUCUUAUGCUCAGGCCCCCCAUAAGCAGAAGAGCCAUACUGCUGCUUGUAUUGUAGCCAAGCUGUCUGCAGAGCCCAGACAUUGAGGCACACUGCCUCAAACCCUGGAUGCUGCACAAUACAUCUGGGUUCUUCCUGCAACCGUUCCUCCAUGACAUCUUCCAAAAUUUUAUUCCUGACUGCAUCUACUUCUUGGCAAUAGAUGCUCUCUUCCUCCCUUUCCAUCGCUUGGCAGUUUCCACACUGACGCCUUGUAAUAAAUAAUCAGUAAAGUAACGAAUUUUUCACGAUGUUGAAUAGGAGAAAUAGAGAGCACAACUUGUUGUUUUCACCAAAAAGGGACAAUUGUCAGCCCUGUGACUAUCACAAACGUGAAAGACAACUCAAACUUUAGGCUAUAAACAAGGUGCAAAGAUCACAAGUCAACAAUAAGUUAUUAUGAAGACUUUGUUCAAUUGUACAUGUGCAAAAAUGCUAUUUUUCGCUGCAUCGUGUUUAAAAGUAAAAGCCUAGAAAUCUAUAAUCGUUCGCCAAAUUCAACACAGGAAAACUUAAAACCGAUUCAAUCGCGUGGAAACGUGUAUAAUCCAUCCAAUUCACCUCCACAAGCGUGUUAUUUUCAGUCUGUGAAACUUAAGCUUCGGAAGGUGCCUGCCUGUACCAUAAAUCACUUCGCUUCCAAGCUACUCAAGAGUCUGCACACUUGGUUUUUAUUUACCUGAUCGCUUCUAUGUUUAAUAAACGACUGGUUUUCAGACACUAUAUUUGAAAACGUACUGUACUCACAAUUCGUCACUUUCCUGAUUGAGGCGGCCGCGGCGCACGGGCUCUUGAUUCUCUUCCAACUCUCGCCCUGAAUUCUCGGUUCGUCCUGGCGGUACAAAUCGCCAGGGCCUAAUUUCAACAAUAGGUUCAUAAAUUCUUUCAUUAUCUUCACCCUCCAUAAAGGCCUAAAAAUCGGAAUAAUCGGAUCCAGAAGUAGAACUGCUUUCAGUUGAGCUGCCGUCCGCCAUAUUUACUUUGCUUAGUGCACACACGUGCGACGUAUAAGGUCAAAAGCAAAAAUCCUUUACAUUUGCGAAAACAAUCUUUCCUUCUGCAAAACAUAUGGUUUAGAAAACUGUGCAAUAUAAAACAAGCUAACUUAUAUCAACAUAUUAAUAACAGUUCGUUUAGUGAGCCCAAGCAAAAUGCGGUCUUCUGGUCGUGUUGAGGUGUGGUUCAAUGAUACAUGGGGAACCAUUUGUGACGACUCAUGGGACUUACAAGACGCUGCAGUCGUUUGUCAUCAGCUUGGAUUCGAUGGAGCUUUAUCCGCUCCCGGUAAUGCAGCAUUUGGACAAGGAAUUGGCCAGAUAUGGCUGGUUGAUGUUAACUGUGGAGGAAAUGAGAAAGACAUAGUGCAGUGCAAUCACGGUGGAUGGGGAGUUCACAGCUGUGGACAUAAUGAAGACGCUGGUGUGGUUUGCCGACCUUCAGGUAAAGCAACGACUCGCGAUCAUUAUCUAUUGCCAUAUCAAUAAUUCUUACCUCUUGAGUAACUUAAGAGCUGAAAACACCGGCCCUUCAAAAUUCACUAUGGUGACUUACCUUCUUUCUCUAAAUUUUGGGCGACAAUCAUCGAAGUUAGAUUUUUCAUUCUUCAGUGCAGGCAAUGGCUGGAUGUAAUUGAGGCUUUUUCCAGAAUAGACAGAUAAAUUUGAGAUUGAGUUUAAGUUUGGUUGUAAUAUUUUUUGAAAAAAUUUAGGUCUUCCACUUAGAGCAAUUAAGAGAGUGUCUCUGUAAGAGCGGUCCGGUCGAUUUUGCUGGAGACACGGAUUUCGCUCGUUUCUCGUGUGUUGUAAAACAUUCAUGUACCUAUACUAAAACCACAAUCAGUUUGAUCGGAUCUCUUUAUUUUUCAGAGUUUUACGGAAAUUAAAUUUCACUCGAGCGAAGGCUUGUCGUGACACUUUUUAAGACUUUAAUUUCAUACAACAAUGGAGGACAAUUUACAAAAAACUACGGAACUCAGCAAAAAACAAAUACCACAGCCAUGCAUAUUAACUCUAUCUUAUCUAUCGAGGCGACUUUCGUAAACAUCACGGGUCAAUCAAGGAAACAGGGAGGCUUGAAUGACCCCUUAUCGGUUCGCCUAAAUCAAAUACGCCAAAACCGAUCAAAUUCAAGGUAAAUUUUUGAAAAAGUGAGGCGUUCUUAACUGAUCCAACUAACAUAGCUAGGAAGAAGGCGCCAUAGAAAAGAUAGCUACAGAAAAAAACUUUGCGGCCCGAUCUUUACGAGAACUUUAUAACUCCAUGAACUUUCCUAAUCUCCAAGUUUGGCCGCUAUUUUGAGGGAAUUGUCAACAUGAAGCGUAACCGAUAUAAAUCAAGCAGGUAGAUCUAAAACCGUCAGAAAUACAUACGAAAGCAAUUCAAAUGAACUUUACUUUCAAUUCAAGCGGCAAAAUUUAUUCCAACAAUUCAAAUAUUACAACUUUCUGAAUUCCCCUCGUCGAUUCCACCGCAAGAAAUAACCUCUGCCACCCAAGCUUCGACUCGAAUGUGAAGUACGAAUCAAAUAACAUAACUGCUUCAUCUUCGCGGCAAUAUCACGCUGGUAUUUUGAUUUUCCGAUCGACAAGAUCGAUCGGUUUGUUAACCUCAUAAACGUGACCGCUGACCAGCUGCUGAGUGAAAACAGUACGGUUCCGUGGCGAGGGGCGGGGUGAGGGGGGUGGGUGCGGGCAGAUUAUCAGAAGAUGAUUGGGAACAUUCGAACAUAUGCAUUAAAGUAUCAUGAUAAACAUUAGGACUCUCAGUCUUAAUGCGAAGGCAUGCUUCGUGUCGCAGACAACUUUUAUUUUACUUAGUAUUCUUUUUUAUUUCAAAUACAUUUCGUUCCAAAUAGGACUAGCAUCAGUUCAUAGAUUUAAAAACAAAUCUUUACCACGUAAAUAAAUGUGCUUAGAUAAUCGAGAUAACCAUUGAACCUAUCGCACCGGAAAUAACGUGUCUUGUCCUUGCCCAACUCUGAGAGCGUGGAGCGGCAAAGACGCGACUUUUGUACGAGUCUCGCGUCUCGCGGCUUCUUCAUGCUCACAGGAUACGCGUGACCUCACUAUCUUUAAGAAAAAUAUGAGACUGCUCGAAGUCUGUAUUCCGAUCAACCAUUUCAUAAGAGUGACGCGAGUCUUUCAAUUGAGUGAGAAAGUCACAAACCCAUUCUUUACCUCACCAGCGUAACCACUGACCACUCACGAAUUACAAUAGGCUUCUCCUUUGACGCGGAAAUUGAAAUCGUAUCGAAUAUACAAAGUUACAGUAAGUUCCUUUAGAUCUCCCGAACUUGUAUCGCGUUGGAAACAAUUACAAGUACAGGAAGAAGUUCAUUAUUUCUCAGGACUCCUUUGGUUCAUCGUGUGGCUUAAGUGGUUUGGUACGACUGUCUGAAUGCAAUGACAAGUAAAACAUCAUUUGAUAGGCUGCCACCUGUCUAAAGAGGUUUUUAAGUGAAAAUUAGCUAAUCUUGGCAAAGAUUGGCCUAUUUCACCUCGCUCAGUAGGAUGAACAAAAAAAUGUGGAUUUGCUAUAGGCAUCGCCACACUCUGUGGAAGUUUUGGAGAAGUGCAAAGGUCACAUGUCAGCGUAUCCAAGGCAGAGAUGUAAUUACCUUGCAUAUGUCUCAGGACAUUCAAAAGCUGUUUGGAGUUAUUAUUCCAGUUGAAUCAGGUAGUCUUCAGUAAUAUUUUCUGUUAUCUAUUUUUGUCACGUGACAUAUCUGCUCGAAAAGAGAAGAAAUUCUUUAUUAGAUGAAGGUUACUUAAGUACACAUCACGUUGAAAAAAAAUAGAUCUAUGUGUAAGUGCUUUUAAUUACAGAUGGAAAUAUGUACAAUGUUGCUCGGUUGAUAAUCAAUAAUGUUUUUGUAGAAGAUCAAAUCACCUGACAACGCAAUAUACUUACUCAUGCGUACGGUUCACAAUUAUUUGCGGUCAGUUUUCCUCAGUUUGUAUUAUUCUCAUUAAACAGUAUGAUUAAAUUUGCAGACUAAAACACCCCUUAUUUGAUUGAGAAUAAUAAAAGUAAACAGUGCAUGUCGGUUUUUAAUUCCUGAUGGAUGCUACUGGGCUUUACUUUAACUGAGAAAUUUGCAAUCGCUUACCUCAGCUCUCUGUGUCCCAUGCCGUAAGAAGCACAAGAAAAAAGUUGAUGAUAGUGAGUCUUGGCUGAGAUAAGAAGAAUCAGAGAAGAAUCAACGGUCCCUAGAAACGCCACUUUUAAACACGAGACAACUAAGGUAAAUUGAAUUAAGUGUUAUUUGUUUUAUUUAAAACUAUCGUUCAGAUUAUGAGAUACCCGAAAAACUCUCCCCACCGAUUUUUUCUUCCAUUCUGUUAAUCAAAAGUUUCAAUAAUUAUAAAGGCUUUCUUGUUGAUCGUCUUAAUAAUAACAGUUUCCAGAAUGCAAGGGGAGCAAAAGAGAGAACAAUUUUCUGUGUAGCUAGGUAAGGCGACAUGCCGGCUUUAUACUUCUUCCGGCGUGAUAACGAUAAUGAUGACAACAAUGGGCAAAAAGCACCGUCCCCUAAUGAUGACGAUUAUCAUAGUUAUUAACAAAUCUCAGUUAUAGUCCUGAAAAAAAUUAUCAGGGGGUCCUUUGAACAAUCCACUUAAUCUCGCCAGAAGUCAAAGUUGCCUACACUCAUUCUAAGGUUCGUGCGAUUUUACGACGAAUUUUCAAUUCCCUUGUGUUGCAUGCGCGACUUUUGAUAGAAAAAACCUGCACGCGCCAUAACUUAAAAGAACGUGUCAGCGGAAUGAAUCAAAUCUCUAUCACUUUGCAUACAUUCUUGGGAAAAAAUUACUCAGAGCAAACAUUCUAAGUAUAGUGUUCAUUCCGUGCAAUAGGGCAUAAAUAAAAGGUUCUGGUGGAAAAGACACCUUAUUUUAUACCACCGAUGACAAGCAAAAAGGUUAUAUGAGUACCCGGUUAAAAAUAUAUUGAUAACUCUAUUAAUUAAUACCAGUUCUAAUUUAAAGGAGAAAGUUAUGAGAAUAAAAUAAAAGUUGUCUGUACCACGAAGCAUGCCUUCACUAUUUAGACUGAGAGUCCGAAUGCUUUUUAAGCGUGUAUUCGAAUAUCUUAUGACGAUAAGCCCGCCACCCACCCCACCCCGCGCUAUGCUGUUUUCACUUAGCGGCUGGUCAGCGGUCACGUUUAUGAGGUUAACAAACCGAUCGAUUCCUGAUCACCGUUCUUGUCGAUCGGAAAAUCAAAAUACCAGCGUGAUAUUGCCGCGAAGAUGAAGCAGUUAUGUUACUUGAUUCGUUCUUCACAUUCGAGUCGAAGCUUGGGUGGCAGAGGUUAUUUCUUGCGGUGGAAUCGACGAGGGGAAUUCGAACACAAGUUGUAGUGUUUGAAUUGUUGAAAGAAAUGGUCGCAUGGGGAUUGUAAGUUUAACGAACAAUUUCAAAUUUUUCCGCUUGAAUUGAAAGUAAAGUUCAUUUGAAUUGCUUUCGUAUGUAUUUCUGACGGUUUUAGAUCUACCUGCUUGAUUUAUAUCGGUUACGCUUCAUGUUGACAAUUCCCUCAAAAUAGCGGCCAAACUUGGAGAUUGCCGAAAAUUAGGUAAGUUCACGGAGUUAUAAAGUUCUCGUAAAGAUCGGGCCGCAAAGUUUUUUUCUGUAGUUAUCUUUUCUAUGGCACCUACUUUCUAGCUAUGUUAGUUGGAUCAGUUAAGAACGCCUCACUUUUUCAAAAAUUUACCUUGAAUUUGAUCGGUUUUGGCGUGUUUGAUUUAGGCGAACCGAUAAGGUGUCAUUCUAGUCCUCCUGUUUCCUCGAUUGACACGUGAUGUUUACGAAAGUCGCCUCGAUAGAUAAGAUAGAGUUAAUAUGCAUGGCUGUGGUAUUUGUUUUUUGCUGAGUUCCGUAGUUUUUUGUAAAUUGUCCUCCAUUGUUGUAUGAAAUUAAAGUCUUGAAAAGUGUCACGACAAGCCUUCGCUCGAGUGAAAUUUAAUUUCCGUAAAACUCUGAAAAAUAAAGAGAUCCGAUCAAACUGAUUGUGGUUUUAGUAUAGGUACAUGAAUGUUUUACAACACACGAGAAACGAGCGAAAUCCGUGUCUCAAGCAGAAUCGACCGGACCGCUCUUACAGAGACACUGUCUUAAAGCCGUUAAAAUGGAUGGCCCGAAAGAGCUAGAUACUUACACCUCUCAAAGGGUGUCAAAAUCGUCAAUGUUGACCUCCAUACCUAUGACUAUUUUCAACUUGCGAAAAACGGAUUCUGAGCGCGUUCAAUUUUCAUCGUAGUUGCAUGUUUGUAAACAAAGGCUUUGUGUGGUUGAGUAGGAUCCUUUAAUACCCAUCGUUUCAACUUAACGAUUGACGGUAAAGAAUUUUGGCAAACAUUUCCAUCUUUCUUUAAUGAAAGAUUAGUUGGGUAAAUACUUCCAAUUUGUAGGAUCAAAAUUUUUACUUGGUUCUACGAUAACCGAUUAACUUGUAUUUACGUGAUAACAGCUGUUCGUCUGGUUAAUUCCUUCAAUUCGUCAAGUUCUGGACGUGUUGAAGUGCUGUACAAAGGUGUGUGGGGAACCAUUUGUGGCGACUCUUGGGACUUACAGGACGCUGCUGUAGUUUGUCGCCAGCUUGGAUUCGAAGGAGCUUUAACAGCAUUACGUACGUCAGAAUUUGGAUCAAGAAUAGGUCAGAUAUGGUUGGAUGAAGUGCAAUGUGGGGGAGACGAGUCAUCGAUAUCAGAGUGUGUUCACAGAGGAUGGGGAGAUCACGACUGUUCGUAUUAUUAUACCGCUGGCGUAGUAUGCCGACCCAGAAGUAAGGCGAUGAGACACUUACAAAGUAGACCCUUCAAAGUAAAAAAUGCUCUUUAUCUUGCUCUCGAAUGCUCCUUGGAAGUGCUUUUUCUUGAACUGGAUUCAAUUGUAUUGAACCAAAGCUAACCCUGCUAGACGGGAAUUUUAAAGGAUCCGCUUUCUGCUUUAAUUACUUUCCUCGAAAACGAUCCAAUCAAAUUUUGGAAAAAGCAUUUGAAGAAUUCCUAAUUAAUUUAAAUGUUGUUUUGAAUUUACUAACUUCAUGAAGCUAUGUAGAUAGACAAAUAUUUAUGUUGAACCAUAUAAAUACUAAAUACAGUUCGUCAAGUCAGCUACCUUGUCUCUUUUUCUAAUCAUAGUUCGUUUGGUGAGCCCCAGUAAUUCACCGUCUUCUGGUCGUGUGGAAGUGUGGUACAAUGGUACAUGGGGAACCAUUUGUGGCAAUUCUUGGGACUUACAGGACGCUGGUGUGGUUUGUCGCCAACUUGGAUACGAUGGAGCUUUAUUAGCACCUAGCAAUGCAACAUUUGGACAAGGAAUUGGCCAGACAUGGCUGGAUAACGUUAAAUGUAUAGGAAAUGAGACAUUGAUAACACAGUGCGGUCACGAAGGAUGGGGAGUUCACGACUGUGGGCAUGUUAAAGACGCUGCCGUAGUUUGCAGACCGGCAGGUAAAGAGACAAUUCACGCACAAAAUAUCAUCAUUUGCCUUCUACCGUUCAAUUUUUCAGGAGAAUAUUGCUUAUGCAUUUUUUGUGAUCCAUCUUCGGUUAAGUAAUGGUCCUGACGUAAAAACAACCCCAUAUUGCGUGAUUGACGCCACUAGCAGUGGCGUCAACCACUUAAAUGAAAAAACCAGCACUCGUGACCUUGAGACUAAACUUUGUCAAUGAGAUGUUCUCCACUGUUAUUCGCAAAAACAGUAUCAUAGACAUGCUUUUAAAAAUGUUUUGGUAAUUUUCCUGAGUCCUUUGUCCUUUCGCUUAAAUUGGGAGUCAAUGGGUCUUUUUCCAAUACGAAAGUCUUUCUGCUGGCUUUACUCCUGAACAGGGAGAGAACGUAACUAUGUUCAAAAGUAGGUAAGAAUCGUUAUUUUACUAUCUACAGAGCCACUUAGCUUUUAUAGUAAUCGUGCACGUUGAAAUUAAAUCGUUCUAAGCCCAGCAUAUGUCUACUUGCACUCAGCCAAUCAAUUGUCAACGCCACAUGUACCUUCCCUCUCUGGGUCACUCUUUUUCUGUUUUCAACCACAGGCGGCCCAAAUUAAUUAAUUAAUGAAAGCGUCACGCGUUGUGUGACUCGGUGUUAAGUUACGAGAGGAACCGUUGAGAAUUCGAACACGUUAUGAGGAAUAGUAUGAGGAACUAAAUACGGUCGAUUUGCAACGCUAAUAUUUUUGAAAUAUGCACAUUCUACACGUAAAAUCAAUAGAACUUACGCACAUCUUGUGUGUCUGUUGUAAUUUCGAGCGAUUUAUGCCGUUUUAAGCUUGCUUUGCCACCACUGUUAUUCCUGUCAUAAGCCGAAGUCAAGGCUGCACACUCCGAUUUCUACCGUUGUCCACGCGGAGGUGGUUUGCGCCCCAAAAAUCCUUCCGAGGGGACAUUUUUUUUGGACGAAACACAAACCUUUUUAUUUUUGUGCUGGCAUGGGGUGUUUUUCUCAAAUUCUUGGAGAUUUCCAUUUAUGAAAUGGCCAUAUUAAAAUUCAAAUAGAAUCAUAGGUUAAGGGUUUAGUUCCUGGUUUCCAUUUAGCCUAUAUUCCUCGCAGGAUCAUUGAUGAUCACAGAACAUUAUAAGGUUGUAAGAGGCACUCUUUAAUUUUACUCAAAUAAGUGAUUCGUGAGACAAUUCCAAUUUUAUGUCAAGAUUGAAAAUCUUUGUUUAACAGCACGACAUUACUUAAUGAACGUCUAUGCUUAUGAUAACAGCUAUUCGUUUGGUGAGUCCCGACAAUUCCCCGUCUUCUGGUCGUGUUGAAGUGUUGCACAUGGGUACCUGGGGAACCAUCUGUGAUCAUUGGUGGGACCUACGGGAUGCUAAUGUGGUUUGUCGUCAGCUUGGAUACGAUGGAGCAUUAUCAGCGCCUAGAAAUGCAGCAUUUGGAAGAGGAACUGGCCAGAUAUGGCUUGAAGGUGUGCAGUGUGUAGGAGAUGAAAUCGCGAUAUCGGACUGUUAUCACAGAGGAUGGAAUGUGCACAACUGUGGGCAUUAUAGAGACGUUGGCGUUGUGUGCCGACCCAAAGGUAAGGCGAUACACGCUCAAAGUGAAUUUGUCAAAAGUAAUGCUAUAUGCAGUAAACCAACACUAAGAUCCGUUUAAGAGUAACCUUAGGUUACGCCACUUUUAAGUGUCCGGUUCCUAUUUUGUUCGCAUUUCAUUUAGAUAAUAUGGUCAGUUACAAAAUAAUUAGGUAAUUUAGUAUCAUCAACUGAGUUUAUAACGUAAAUUGGCCAACGUAAAGAGUCUAAAAGCUAAGCUUUUAAAUUCUUUACUGUGGCCAAUAUAGUUAUCAACUCAGUUUAUAAUACUAACUUACCGUGUUAUACUCUCCCACCGACGCAGCACCACAGUUUCUUUAGACAUUUACCCGCUUUAUACAAAAUAAUUUCUCUAAGAAAAGCAUAACUAGUGGAUUCCCUCCUGUUAUACUGGGCGGAGUUUACAGUAUAUAUAAUGAACGCCUUGAAUCGAGUAUAUAAAACCUUAAGCUAAAACGACUUAUAACUGUGAACCAUACAAACAUUAAAUACGAUUCCUUCACUCUCUCUCUCCAUCGGCAGUUCGUUUGGUGAACCCUAGAAAUUCACUGUCUUCUGGUCGUGUUGAAGUGCUACAUAAUGGCACAUGGGGAACCAUUUGUGACAACUCAUGGGACUUACAGGACGCUGAUGUGGUUUGUCGACAGCUUGGAUACGAAGGAGCUUUAUUAGCACCUGGUGGUGCAGCAUUUGGACAAGGAACUGGUCAGAUAUGGCUGGAUAACGUUAAAUGUAUCAGAAACGAGACAUUGAUAACUCAGUGCAGUCACGGAGGAUGGGGACUUCACAACUGUGGGCAUCAUCAAGACGUUGGUGUGGUGUGCCGCCAUCUAAAAGGUCAAUUUAAUUUUGAUCUUGCAUGCGAUUAUUGUGAAACAACUUACUUUUUUGCUUAAAUUUUGGUUUCUGAUCGUUUGGAAGUUGCAAACCCAUAAUUUGAGGCGCGAAAAUCAGGUACUUAUAGCAUGUCAUGGGUUAACACCAUCAUCAAAGCCUGAUUUUCUUAGACUUUUUUCUCAGCAAUUUCUUCUACUGCAGUUUACCUUACGAGGAUCAUUUCGGUAUUUGCUAUCACCUAAAGUUCAAAAUAUAGUGUUUCCAAUUUAUUUUUCAAAACUUUUUCUUCUUAAUGACGACGAACAAGAGUGUAAAUUUAACGAAGUUUCACAGUUCUCACAAUCCUGUAGAUAGUACAUUCAUUUAGUUUGGAUCUAAACUAAUUACUCUUUCUCGUCUUGUUUACUAGUGUAGAUCUGUUCAUAUGAGGAAGGAAAGGGUACCUUGGAAUUAUGAUUAAACAAGUGAUCUGAUGCCUCAAAUAGCUUUCUUGGGUUUCUUCUCCACAUUUUUCUAGGUCCUGAAAAUCAGUGAUAUAACAUGGGCUAAUGCUUGUUUAGUAGCGUGAGAGGAUGCUUUUUCCCCCUCUAUCUCUCUCUUACACUGGUUUCAACUAUCUUUUCUAAUGAAACUAAAUAUACUUUUGCAGCCAACUGGAUGCAAACAAAAAAGUCACGACAGCGUUACGUUGGACAGACGCUCGAAAAAACUUGCGCGAUCAGAUCUCAGGAUUCGUUACAGCGCCUUCUUGGAAGAAAAAAAAUUGCCCUUUUCACCUUAUCCAUCGAAUAGCUUUAAAAACUUUUGUUGUCCGCUGCAGUCCUCGACACAGUCCAGUCCUCAAUGAAUCGUCAAAAAAGUCCAGCUUAUUCGUACAAAAAACUUCUAUGUCGAUGUCACUUUAUUGUCAUUUUAAAAAACAACCAUGAGACUAUAGACUUAGGCGUGAAAAAUCUCUGUGUGUUCUGAAUCUCUUUUACACGCUCUUUGUCGUCAAGCUGGGUGCUUUCACAUUCCAGUUACAUGACUCGAUAGUCAGAUAUGGUUCCAGACAUGAUUGGAAGCAUGAUACAUACGACAAACAAUCUUAACUAAUGAUUCCAGAGUACGAGUCUGUCACGCAGGUACGAAACGUGACUUCUUUGUUCCGUUUUGCUGGUGAAAACGGACCACAAACUGUCCUUUUAGUAUUAGCUAAGGUGUCGGUUCUUUAAAACAACUUAAAAUUGCUUUCGUAUGUUUACACGUUAACCACAGUUCGUUUGGUGAGUCCCACUAAUUCACCAUCUUCUGGACAUGUUGAAGUGCAGUAUAGUGGUACAUGGGGAACAAUUUGUGAAAACGAUUGGGACUUACAGGAUGCACAUGUAGUUUGUCGCCAGCUUGGAUACAAUGGCGCUUUAUCGGCACCACGACUCGUAGUAUAUGGAGGAGGAAAAGGUCCCGUGUGGCUGAACAGGAUUCAAUGUGAAGGAAAUGAGACAUCAGUUUCACAAUGCAGUCAUGCGGGAUGGGGAGAGGACUAUUCUUACUGUUAUUAUCAUGCUGGUGUGGUGUGCCGUCGGCCAAAAGGUAAAUUUUAAUGAUACUCACUUCAUGUCGUAAUGAUUUCAUUCCUUGUCAGAGAUAUUUGCUGAAUAAUUCCUUUGGGAAGAGUUCAAAAUACAUGAUUAAAUUGUUUUCGCGUCAAAUUUAUGAAGUUUUAUAUGAUUAAAAUGUACUACGAUUUUGUGCUGUAACACGGAGGUAAUAUCUUGUUGCACUUUAGUUUUGGGCAACACGUUUUUGGAAAGGACUGGUGGCGAUUUUCAUCAGUUUGUUUUGUGUACAAUUUCCAAGUGACAAGGCAAAAUCAAGAUGUAAUUAAUUAAUGAUGAAAAACUCAAAUUGGCGAGGGAGCAUUUUCUUCAAAGACAGUGAUUCGAUGCAUUUGAGGAAGGGUAUCAAUUUUACGAUUUUAGAUAGUGUCGAGAACCAUGCAUUAGCUAUGGUAUGACUCUAAUAAUAUAAAGUCUUACCAAAGCCUAAAAUGUAAUCAAUGAAACUAAUUGCAAGCUCAUACUUGAAUUGGUGACUGUCAAAAAAUCUCCGCGUUGUAUUUUUUUUGUUGUUCUUCUUCUUCUUCUUUGAUAUCCAAACCAAAGUAUAAAACACGUCAACAUUAGAAUUUAAGGAAAAUAACCUUUAGGGCUCUAUGUAAUUUUAUAAAUCUGGAAAGCUUCAUCUCAAGUCUGCAAAUUAACACUUCUCAAAACUUUAUUUUGCUUUUUCCACGCCAUAGAUUUACUUUUCCCCAACCGAUUACAAUUCACAUUCUUUUUUAAUUUUUAAAGUUGCAUCUUUGGUUAGUUGGCUGGUAGGUGGUUAGUUGAGUGAAUGGGCGGCCAAACGACCCUAAAUGAGUUUCCUCAAAAAACUCGUGUAUACUUAAUGAAGACCAUUGUACGAUGAUAAAUAAUUGAACAAUGGUCAAACUCUCACAUACCCAUUCUUUCUAUGACGAAGCCGAAAUACAAAAUCGAAAUGGUUUCUUACCCACACAUCAGUACCUCAAUUGCUCAAAUUUCACGAUGAAGUUACAGUUAUAUUACUCCCGAGCGUUUUCACUUUUCGUUCAUUUUUUUAUUAUCAUUUCGAAAAUUAGUCUUAAUUUUUUUUUUGUAGAUUUCUAAGUCUUCUAUUCCGUACCAAAAGGUUCGACUUUUGGUACGGAAUAUUACAAGAAUCAAUAAAUCAAUCGAUCAAUAAAUUUUAGUCAACUGCGGAAAAUUCAUCGGCCAUGUACUAUAUGUACAUGACGAUAACUAUAACUUUGAGCGGAUUGCAAGUUUGAACGAAGCGAAGGAAUAUCACGGAUCUUAACGAGUCGUAAAACUGACUUUUUGAUCCGUAUGGAUCGUGUAAUGUGUCCACGAGCUGUGCGAACCGCAUCUGUAGGGAUCGUCUUUGGUAUUCACGAGAUAUGCGAGCCGUAUGGCUCGUCUAAUAUAUUCACAGGUCGAGCUGUAGAUCCGUGAAUAGCCUUAAUGAUACUGGGGUUUUUGUCAGUCUGGUAAUGAUGAUAAAUCGAUUUGUACGAUCCGUAAGGAUCGUCUAAUGUAUUAACGAGUCAUACGACUCUUACCGGUCGGUUAAUAGGCAUCCCUCCAAAACUGGUGAAUCUCGAUGGACGUAUGGCCAAUGCAAAACCAUACCAUAGAGAGAGUACCAAGCAAAACUUUAGUUGGACGCUGCUUCAUCUCUUUUUCAAUGCACAUAUCUUUAAAUUGGAAAGAAAUGUAAAAGACCAGAAGUGUAUCGUGGCUUGAAGUCGGCUUAGCGACACACAUGCGCCGAAUGACUAAUUUGCUCCUACGACAACCUCUUUGUGCGCGUGUGAAACUCAAUCUCGAGCAACCAAAGCGCGAAAAAUGAAUGAGAUUACGGCAUUUGAUGGGUGGAAGCACCCUUCUCCCCCUCCCCCUCCCCUUCCCCCUCCCGAAAAAAUAUGGUAUGAAUCGGUUUGGGAUAAUGUGAAUUUUAUAUCGAGAUUCCAAAUUGACAUUUGUAAAGUAUUUGGUUUAGCAGUUUUCCUGUAAAUGAAUUCUCACUAAUUGACGGACCUUUUUGUCUCCAACCAUCGUAAAUCGAAAUCAGGCAGCGGAGUUGGAAUCUAUUUACAAAACGACCUUGAAUACAAACUUCUCGAAGAAUGCAAAUUUUCAGAUCCAGAUGUAAUUGAGUCACUUUUCUUGGAAAUUAUUGUUCCCCACGGAAAAAAUAUUUUUGUUGGUUGCGUGUACAGACCACCAAAUCAAAACACUGCUAUAUUUAUUGACAACUGAAUUUAUUGAGCUUAUUUUCACACGCCUCUCUUCCUCUCAUCUCCAAUCCAACACGCCUCACCUCAUAUUCUGCGAUGCUUAUUGACAACAUAUUUACCAACAACCUUGCCCAUUGUGUUUUUCAGUGGCAUUAUUCUAAAUAAUUUAUCUGACCACUUACCUGUUUUUGCAUAUUUUGACGACGCAACUCUAACGCGCAGCACAGAAAGAAAAAUUGUGAUGCGCACAUUCAAGGACGAUUAUUUCCAUAAAUCCAACGAGAACCUUUCAAACGCAAAAUGGUCCUCAUUUCGCAACAUGGAAGAUCCCAAUGAAGCCUAUCAUAAUUUUAUUGGAGAAUACUCCAGAAUCUAAAACACCUGUUUCCCUUUAAAGGUUCUCAAAGGAAAACAGGUAAACAAGUUCUUUUCUCCAUGAAUAAAGGGGUAAGUUUCUAAAGAAACUGUGGUGCUGCGUCGGUGGGAGAGUAUAGCAGGUAAUUUAGUGUUAACAACUGGGUUGAAAACGUAAAUUAGCCACCGUAAAGGGUAAAAAAGCUGACGUUUCGAGCGUUAGCCCUUCGUCAGAGCGAUUAGAGGAAUUGUGGGUUGUGUGUGGAUUUAUAUGUAGGAAGUGGAGCUACGCCAUUGGUGGGAAUGUGGUGACGAGAAAACAGGAAUAAAUUAGUUGAAUGAAAAACGCUCGUUGAUUCCGUGGGGAUUAAGGGUGCCGAUUUGGAAUAUAAAUUUUUGUUCUAGUGUUUUACGGCUUUCCGAACUGCCUAGAUGUAAGGAAAGGCCGCAAACUGCCAUAUGCUGUUUAGAAUGAUAAGGAAGAUUAAAGUGUCUAGCGACUGGUUUGGAUGCGUCCUUGUCAUUUCUUUCCACAUCGCGAAGGUGUUCUCGGAAACGGUCACCCAGUCGUCUUCCUGUUUUUCCUUACAUCUAGGCAGUUCGGAAAGCCGUAAAACUCUAGAACAAAAAUUUAUAUUCCAAAUCGGCACCCUUAAUCCCCACGGAAUCAACGAGCGUUUUUCAUUCAACUAAUUUAUUCCUGUUUUCUCGUCACCACAUUCCCACCAAUGGCGUAGCUCCACUUCCUACAUAUAAAUCCACACACAACCCACAAUUCCUCUUUUCUCCAUGGCUUAGCCCUGGACUUCUGAAAUCCGUUAACAAGAAGAACAGACUCUACAGAAAGUUCGUCACAUUACCUUCCACAUCUUCUGAGACGAAGUAUAAAGCCUACAAAAACAAACUCACCCAUCUUAUUCGCAUUGCCAAACGAGAAUACUACGACUCCAAAUUUGAGAAUGCCAGAAAUGACCUCAAAAAAAUUAAAUGCUCUGUGAUCUCUGAGAGCGAAGUAUAAAGCCUACAAAAACAAACUCACCCAUCUUAUUCGCAUUGCCAAACGAGAAUACUACGACUCCAAAUUUGAGAAUGCCAGAAAUGACCUCAAAAAAAUUAAAGGAGGUUAUUAACAAGCGUAAAAAUAAGUCAUCUCUUCCCACAUCAUUCAAAUCUGAAGGCAAAACAUUAACGGAUCCAAUGGAGAUCGCUAACAGAUUCGAUAUCUAGCACACGUAAAAAAUAUCGUAUUUCUUCACGCGUGUUGUUAGGGCUUUUCUUAGGGCUAGAAAUCCCUGUAUAACACCGUAGCUCAUAUGAUAAAUUGUUAUAUACACUAAAUCAGACUCCUUUGCCAUAAUCGUUCUUUUUCAUAACGCAACGACUAAUUCGGUAUUAUUAAGCUCUAAAGCACUUAAUUUUUCUUUAUAUCGUAGAAAAAUACGUGUGCAAAACUGAAUGGUUUAUAAACCAAUCGAAGGCAAAAUUAUUUUCUUUUUCCUAUAGACGAACCUCUGGUUCUAAACUUAGAAUGUCCGACAUCAAUCAUUGAGGGAUAUGACGCGACUCUUCACUGCGAUGCAACUGGAAAUCCUCCCCCAAAUAUUAACUGGAUACGGAAAGACACAGGAGACGUUCUGGGUACCAAUGAACAGCUAACUCUGACAGAUGUUAGGCGCAGCGAAGCAGGCACUUAUCAGUGCUCAGCGUGGAAUGGAAUUGGGAAUAACUCCACCAGGACAUGCAGCGUGGAUGUGUAUUGUAAGCCAUCACUCUCAUUAAUUGCGAAAAUAGUUAACUUUCCACCAAAAAGUAGGUCCUAGGGAUGCUAUUUUAGGAAUUUAUUUUAUAGUAAAGAAGAAAUGAUAUACAGAUUAAGCCAAGAUGAAUGCAACGUUUUAUUCACACCUCCAAUCGAUAAAGUUGAAAUCUCUAAAGCCAGGCGUGUACCUGAAUGAGUGACAAAAACUCUCCAUGUAAUAAAUUUUCUCUUUUUCUCCAAUUAAUUUUAACCAAGAUUUAAAGAAAUUAACCCAAUCGCUUAAAACAGGUUUUAACUGACCUCGAAAUCUUCACAGCUUUCAAGUCUGCAAGUUAAGAAUUAAAAGAAAUCUGAAAUUAAUACAUGAAUUUAGAAGCGUUUGGACAGGCCCCAUGCGUGUAUGGGUGGAUGGCCGUAGCAACUAUACAAAUCGUGAAUUUUUUCCUUAAAUUUGUUUCAACAUAUGGUGAAAUACAUAUGAACACUUCAGAAAAAUAUCUCGUAGUUUGUAAAGUUCCCAGAAAUUUUUCAAUUUUCUUCAGGUUAUAACAAAUUUGAUUGUUACGGUCCUGUCAUUUAAGUGUCUUGCUUAAUCUCAACACUGAACAUGGGCUGUGUCUUCAAGGAAGUGGUCCUGAUCAUCUGUUGGCAUACGUAUGUUCUGAGCAAUUCCUCUUUAUCACUAGCAUACUCUUUUUCUCAAGAUAUUUUUAUGACAAAAGUCCCUUUCUCCCUCUUUAUGGGAAUUUUACAGGAAUUUUAUUGACUCCUCAUAUAAUAGGGUAAGAAAAAAGUGAAAGUUUUCUGUUGUAGUGCAGCUGAACCACAGAACGUCGUUAAUAGCAAAGAUUCGGUUUUGAAGAAAAAUACCAACGAAUGGCGUGUAUACUUUUUUAACAAUGCCUCGUUUUUGACAAUGAUCACCAAACCACUUUCAAUACUAAGUAUAAGGCACAUCACAUUUCCUAAAUGUCAAAUAUCCUCAAACGUGUUUUAAAUGUGAUAUUUAGUGAUUGGACCGUAUUUCUACCUCAGUAUAGCACAGAAAAGGAAUUUUAUCCUAUUUUACAGAUAUUCAAAAGUUUUUAGUUAAUUUCAUCUUUUUUUUGUUUUUUUUGUUUUUUUUUCAGUCGAAGCUCAAGUUCAAGCCUUACAUUGUCCAAGCUCAGUAACUGAGGGCAGUAGCGUAAAUCUUCAGUGUAAUGCUACUGGUAAUCCCUCCCCAAACAUCACAUGGAUAUGGCAAGAUACAGGAAUUGUUCUUGGCAGCAAUGGUCAUUUUGUUCUGGUUGAUGUACAUCGCAGCCAUACGGGGAUUUAUCAGUGCCAUGCAUGGAAUGGAAUUGGCAAUAGCUCGAUCAAUACAUGUUACUUGGAUGUAUUUUGUAAGUCAAUUACCUGUAAAGUUUGCUCAGCAUGUUUCAGCUGAGUAACAUGCGAAAAGUAAAAUAAUAUAAUAAUGACAAUAAAGUUUUAUUUUUUUUUUUAAGAAGUUGUUUCUUUUGUGGGAGUGAUAUAACAUACAAUCGUUCCCCCAAUCAGGCCCUGAGGCUGACUGCGAGAAUAACGAACUAUGUUUAUUUUGCAGACUUGCCGACUGGUACACGAAUGACAUCUGACGGGAAUGAUGCUGUCGUUUUAGCUGGAGGUAGUUUGUUCCUAAACUGCACUUCAGAUGCUAACCCCGCAGUUGAUGUGUUUCAGUUGAAAUUCGAUAGUACCCGCGUCGCCACCAGCAGCUCUGGGAUGUUUAGUGUUACUGUGAGGAAAGCUGGAAUAUACAUAUGUAUCCCUGUAAAUAAAGUGGGCUCAGGAGACAAUGCAACAGUCAAAGUAACUGUUCUCGGUAAAUAGAUAUUGUCUAAACUGACUUUUAUCACUGGAUUCUAUGGUCUAAAAUUGUCAUCUAAAUCAGUUUGAAACAGUAGAACUGACUAACUGCAGAACGGAUAACUGAGGAGGACCUUUCAAGUGUUAGCAUAACAUUUGACUGAGAAGUGCUAUAUCUAUGAAUGACACUAUAAACUUUGAAUUAAUCAGAAUAAAAUCGAUUUACUUGAGUUAAGCAGAAAAGCACGUCUAGAGUGCUACUGAAUAUCCUGGUGGAAAUCCUGCAAAACUUUAAGUAGAUGUCCUUUCUGGGAUCAUAUGUCUAUUCAAAAAAAUAGCAAGCAUGUGCUUUCGUUCGGUGGAAAAUCUAAAAAUUUACUUCGUAGAUAAAAUUGCCGAAAAAUUAUCUUCAAAGGAAAUAAAGGAUAGUUGGAUCAACUAUUGAGAGCUUUUUCUUUUUUUGGAACACUCGGCCAGUUUACGAAGCAUUAAUCUUAGUGUUCACCACGCUUUAGUAGUGAGUGUGGAAAUUGAGGGAUCCGUAGAUUGUGCAGUUCCGCAGCCCCAGCUUGAGAGUUUUUUUAAACUAAAUUGGUAUUACCUCUCACGGAAAGAUUGCUCCCGAAGUCCCGAUCAUUGAGACUAAAAGAAAUGGAGUACGAAGGAAUGAAUAUCCCCGCCUUUCCACGGCUCUUUAGGGAAUAGGUGAUGAAAUUAUGUGUGAUGAAAUGAUUUUUCCAACGGUUCUGUUAUCCUGUAGUUAGUGAACGAUUAAAGUAAUUUUCCGAAGGACGGCUACCGCAGUGUCGCGGUUCUUUGGAUCUGUAGUCAAUAAAUAAUUUAUAUUAAGGUUUACAGGAUUUUGGUUCCAGAGUAGUUUUACCUAGAAGUUCAUUGAUCAUAUGUAUGUAUGGUUGUAUGUAUAUGUAUAUAUAUAUAUAUAUAUAUAUAUAUAAAUAUAUAUAUAUAUAUAUUUUUUUUUUUUUAAUUCCCUUUAUAUCUUUUUGUAGAUUCUCCUGGUUUUCCAGAAUUUGUAAACAACACCGUUGACACGAUAACUAUAAGGUGGUCACCAAUUAAUCUUCAUUAUGCUACAUAUACCGUAAAUAUAAGACCUGAAGAAGAAACAGCGUGGAUGAACGCAACGUGUAAACAGACUAUUUGGCAGAAUCAUUGCAUAGUGAUGGGCACAGUUGCUGAGGUUGUUGGCCUCGAAGAGGACUCUGGGUAUCAUUUUAGAGUUUAUGCUAACUACAGAGGCGUCAGAGGUGACGCCAGUUUACCGUCAGGAGCCUUCAGAACAGCAGGUGAUGUUGGAUUAUGUGGUUCUCUGAAUCGUUGCCGUGAAUGAAAGUUGUUCUUCGGUAUACUGUACUCAGUUUGGAUGAGAGAAAAAAUAUUUGCUUUCAUUAGAGAUAUAUUUUUUGGAAUAGGUAGUUAAAAUGGAGCAUUCAGAUAUUGGAGUGCUCUGUUUUUACUUCUAUUUCAAUCUAUAAUUUGUAAUAAGUAUUUGCUAAUGAAAUGAAUAGGUAAUUAGCAAUACUAACAGGCCCAACAAAUGAGCCCGACAAGGCGUAAAGAUAUAAAGAAAUAACCAUGAAGUGAGUGGUUUUUUUCUUUAUCAUCAUCAGUCAAAUUAUAUCUUUAUUGUGUGCAAUAAGAACAACACAAUAAAGAUAAAUUACGACUUCAUAGUUAUCUCAGCCUUUUUGUUUACUUAAGGUAUACGUUUUACCUUAUUUAGGCAUUUCAGGCGUGCUUGCUUUACCAUUGGCACUAAAAAUAGCAAGUGCUGAUAAUGGUUCAACCUAAUGCAAAUAACUUUUUCCCCGUGCGCGAUUGAUUUUCGAAAAUAUGGUGACCAUUGACUGUUCUACACGAGCUUUGAGUUUUCUCUUUCAGGUUUACUCUUUUGUUUUUCUGCACUGGUUAAUCUAAUUUGGAUGUAGGUGGAUUUUCAAUGAAUUUCAGUGAUAGGCGUACUGUUUUGGAGCACUUUAGGGCUGAAAUGUCCCCCAAUGUUUGGUAUGUUCAUAUAAGUAAUAUUUUUUUUUUCUAUCAUUUAAUGAAUACGAUUAGCGAUAUAUAAGUGAAAGCUACGUCAUAUAGAGCCCUUAUGUUAACAGAGCACCAUGUACGCCAUUCAUAGUUUAUUGUAGAGAACUGAUGUGCUUCAAGCAUUGCCUCGUUUGCAUCAACUACGAUUUUACAUAUAGAUUAAUUGAAUCGAACUUCAUGUCUUAUUCACAUCGUUGGAUUUUCCAUUUAAAAUGUUUUUUUUUUCGUUCUUCUUUUUAAUUGUUGUUUGCCAGACUAACGUUAAGCCCUCCUUACUGACAGAGGAUAAUGAGCUCCCACGAUAGGUAAAACAAGAUGGUACGUCUUAGGCGCGAUUGUCGCAUAAAGAAAGAUGUAAAUCGUUCCAGUUAUCAAAUAUCUAUUUUAGAAGUUUGAAAUAGCUUUUUUCCCCGAGCAGUUAAUUGUCUUGCCGAAUUGAAUAGCCACUGCAAGUAUAUCUCGUGCUCUGUUUUUCUUAUCUGAGGAUUCCUGGUCAUGGGAAUAAAUAUCCUCCUCCAAACGUCACAUGCAUGGAUAUGGAGAGAUACAUGAGAUGUCCUUAGCAGCAAAGAGCAGCUUAUUUUGUUCGAUGUUCAAGGCAACCAAUUGAGGACUUAUCAGUGCCAUACAUUGAACGGAAUCAGCAAUGGUUCCAUAAGUAAGUAUCGCGGGGAUGUAUUGUGUAAGUUUAUUAACUGUGGAGUUCUCAAUGCAUACGUCUGCUGAAAAACAUGCGAAAAGUAGAUAUAAUUAUAAAAAUGGAGUUUAUAGGAAGUUCUUCUUUUGCAGGGGUGAUAUUACAGACGAAUGAAAUUGUUACUACAUCAUUCCCUCAAUCGAAUCAGGUUUUCCAUUACCAGCCGCAAAAAUAACCAACGAAAGAUAUUAGUAAUUCGUUUCAUGGAAAAAUUGCUUUCAAAGUCCUGCAGUCCUGUUGACAAUUAAAGAAAUUAAGAGUGAAAGAAUGACUGCUCCCGCCUAAUUCCACGGUUCUUUAGAUCUGUAGUCAAUACGGAAUUUAAUUUCAGGUUCAGAGGACUUUGGUAUUAGAAUCAUUUUAUACAUACGUUUAUUGAUUAGUUCUUGCUUUUUUUUGUUUAAUUCCGUUCAUAUUUACAUGUAGAUGCACCUGGUUCUCCGAUAUUUGUAAACAGCACUGUUGAUACAAUUUUUGUCAGGUGGUCACCAAUUUAUCUUCAAUCUGCUACAUAUACCGUAAAUAUAAAACCUAGAGAAGAGACAGCGUGGAUGAACGCAACGUGUGAACAGGCUAUUUGCUAGAAUCAUUGCAUGGUGACAGGCACAGUAGCGGAGGUUGUUGGCCUCGAAGAGGACUCUGGGUAUCAUUUUAGAGUUUAUGCUAGCUACAGAGGAGUUAGAAGUGACGCCAGUUCACCCGGUCAGGAGCCUUCAGAACAGCAGGUGAUGUUAAAUUAUGUGGUUUUAUGAAGUGUUGCCAUAUCAUGGAAAUUUUUCCUUCAUGUAUUGUAUUCAGAGAUAUACAAUCGAUUAAUGUAUAGAUUAAGCCAAGCCUAAAAGCGGGGCACUUGCUAGUUUAUUUUAAAACUCUUCAGCACUGGCUGUUUCUUCAAGGGGACUUAGGGACCAGUUCGAGGGUGGUAGGGGAGAAAUGACGGGGUCUAGAACCGAGUGACGAUGUUCUCAUAACUUGCAAAGCGAUUAACACGCAUGCUAGUCAGCCGUUCAUUCAAGAGGACCUUCGUCAUUGUUCCUAAUGUUUUGAUCAAAUUUUCGAGGACAGGGAAUGUUUCUUCUUCAGAUGUAGUAUAUGAGGCCAGCAUCAGCUAAAAUUGCAUCCUAUUGAGCGUGACUGAUAAUUUCUGUUUGCGAAAAUGAGCCAAAAUCGAAAGAAACAACCGUAAACUACUUCCAGUUAAGGCAUCACCGGUCAAUUGAAGGGUAUACACGUGAGAACAGACAUUCAGUAAACCAAUACUCCAGAAUCGUAUGGGCUUCUCUUAUAUCUUCUCUUGAAAUUGCCUGGUAUGACUGCUUACUCCACUGUUUUCCCUAACAUUUCAACCUUCUCUGAUAAGCGUAGGAAAUUAAAAAGAAAAGUCAUUUCAACACGAGUUUUUUUUUUUUUUUUUUUUUUUACUUUUCCUCUUUUGGCUAUUUUUGUUUUCCUCUAGCUGGAAGUACACGGUGUAUUGAGAUUUUUCCUGUUAUUUAAUUCGGUAACCUCUGCUGUAACUACACAUAAUGUAGGUGUCUUAAAGCCAACUGUCCAUGAUCUUAGCAACUCUAUCUACUAAACUACGAAAAUUUUCCAACAUGUUUCUUGCGUUGCAAACAGUGCAAGAAACAUAGUUACAAGCUGGAACUAGAAUAUCAUAAUUAAGACUUGAUGACGAAGAGAGACUUUGGAAUCAACCAUGGAGGCAUUUGUAAACAACUUGAGAUAAUACCUGGAUUUCAUUUGGACAUCACAGAAAUCAAUUCCAAACAUCAACCAGAUUUUCUCUUCAGUCUGUUUAAAAGUUGAGCUGAUGUUGUUAUUGAUGUUGUUAUUGAUGUUGUUAUAUUAGAGAGGUUGAAAAGUUUCAAAUGGUUCUCUCAUGUUUAAAAAUAAUUGAAUUUACUGGAAGUUGGAGUUGUUGCACGAUGUUAACAUGAAACACAACAAUAAAUUUUAUUGAUAUGUAUAAAGUUUUCAUCUCUACUGGCAAGUCUUUGUAUUAUUUUUCAACCCAACCAUUUUCCAAAACUUGUAAACAACAUUACGAAAUAAUUAGUCAGGGAAAUUAAAAAUUUGUGGCACAUACACCAUGUUUGAAAUGCCAUGUCCAGAAUAAGCUAACAGGAAUGAGGAGGGUUUAUGUGGGAAUAAGCUUACUUGUUUGUGUCAUUAAUCUGCUAAUUGUUCCUGUUGCCAAUGUUUUGAUGAAGCUGGGCGGUCAGGGCAAAGGAACUGAGGAUUUUAGCGGACAAAGUAACUUUUUAAACCCGGAAACUAUCAUGGUGAAAAGCUAUACAAGUGCCUGGUAACUCACUCUAAUUCUGAUAAACUAGUUUUAAGAAGGAUACAAUGAUACAAUAUCUUACUUCAUAAAUUUGAUGCAUAGGCUGUGCACAAAACUUUAGUUUGACUAUACGUCCAUAGCCAAUACUAAUACCUAAACAUAAUAAAAUGUUAGUGGGGUCAGAGGAAAAAUCAACGUGCCGUACAUCUGCAAGAUUUCGUGUAAUUAUUUUAAUGACUAUUAGCUGAUACGAGGAGAUCUACAAAUAUUCAAAAGAGUAGAAAAUUUUGUUGAAAUAUUAGAAUUCAACACUGGCCGGAUAAACAAAGUCCUCAAAAAAGAAAUGUGUAUUAAUGAAAAAACUAAGCAAACUUUUCACAACACCUGCCUGUAUUGUACUGCAAGUAGUAAAGUUAUUUGAAGUAAUCAUAAUCCCGGUUUUAAACACAUACACAUACAGAUUUCCUAAAAACCUGUAGUUCAAGCUUGCCAUGACUUCAACAUUUGAUGCACACCUCAGAAGGUGAGCAAAUAGAUUUCAAGUUUCUAUCUAUUCAGUUUAGGUUAGUCAGGUAAAAUUAAGUCAGACUUCCAUGCGACAACAGGAUCAAGAAAUUUCCACUGCUAAUUUAUAAGGUUAGCCUACCUAGAACAAUAACCUUCAUGUACAUAUUAGAUCAGUUUUGUACUGAUAAUGGGAAAAAUCACUGUUUCACAAAAAAUAAUGAUUGAGAAUUGGUAGUAAACCAUAGCCCUGGGUCUGCCAUUAUUUUAAACAAUGAUCGAGAAUUGGUAGCAAACCAUAGCCCUGGGUCUGCCAUUAAUAAAUUUACGAGAGUGCUUAAACAAUAGCAAUUUGCUCAUACACAAAAGAAAUAUCUGUGGUAAGAGGGCAGGCUUUCCUUUCUUCAUUUGAAAAGAUACAGAGGUUAUCAUCUCUCACAAGCUCAGUGGACAGUGAGAGUAAAUGAGACUGAUGGUGACUAUGUUAUUUGAGUAAAUAUCCAGAGGAGGAUAAAAAGUAGAAUAUGGUCUGCAAAACUCUAUUAUUUUAAUUUUUUAACCUUUUUAAAGCAGGGACAAUUAUAUUCUUGCCUUGUGCAUUACGUGGACGCCAAUUAGUUUAACUUUCAUGCGUCAAAAUACAAAAAAUGUUCUCUUUAUCUAUGUGCCCUAAACACUAAAGGGAAGGAGUCAGGUCAAAGUUAAAACAUGAAUUAAAAUAGGAGAGCCCCAUCAAUUACAACUCCUAAUUAAAGAAGGAUCCUUGCUUUUUCAGAUUCCCGCCAUUCAAAAUUCACAUAUCUUGUGUAAUCAAUGUUUAGUUUGGCCAUGAUCAUCGGCAAGAAACACAGUAUUUAAAAGUAUUUAAUUUAAACUAAAUAAUGUUACAUGUUACAAUGUGGUAACUAACACAGCAAAAUUAUAUAAUCACACAAUUUCAAACAAAGGAAGUCCGGUUAUUUACUCACCUGCUUCAACUUUUGAGGUACAGAGAAAUAGAUUUGGUAAACAGUAACAAUUAAUACAAAGUUGAAAGUUUGAAAGCUAGAAGAUAUACAUUACAAUCAUCAAACCCUAUACAUCCUAGCUAAAAUAGGGUCAAUUACCACCAUAACAUCUCCCAAACAUUCAUGUUUACAGGAUACAUGCAUUAAUUUUGUCAUUAGGUGGUACUGACUACUUACAAUAGUUCUACCAAGCACAAAUCCAUUUGUUUUUUCUUCAGUUAUCUCAUAGUAUAUGACUAUACAGAUCACGUGGUUACUGCAUAGGGACUUAUACUUCAAUUACCUCAGCAAACCGUAAUCAUUAGAAUUGCAAACCAAGGUGUAUUUGCUCAAUUUUUCACCUGAUUGUCACAGUCAUAGUCACUCCUUUUUGAGGCUAUCUUCAGCUGACCAUCCUUUUGCACGUGAAAACAUCAAAUGUUGCUCUACAUUCAAAUAAUUAACUGAUUCAAAAGUUAUAACUUUUUUAAUGUCCUGCUUCCUUUAAUUGUGCCCCGGAAAUAGUAAAUGGUAUUGAAGAGAAAGGAAGAAAGUUCUUGAAACAUUCUACUUUAAAUAAAACUUUGAUAUGAAAUUCAAUGUUAAUUACUACGGCAAUUCACCAUAGGAAGCAUGAUAUUAUUAAAUUUAAUUUCACCCAGUUUGAAUGUAGAAUCCAAAAUCUUAUUAACUAGCAGGUGAAGAGGAAAAACCUCAAUGUGUUUUUCCUGCUACAAUCAUUCUAAAAAUCACAAAUCAAUCACACUAUCUCUCCAGUGUGAUUUUUUAACGAUGUGCACUUUUUCUUAUGGCCAUCUAUUUAUAGUAUCUAUCUUUUACCAGCUGAAAUCUGAGAAGAAUCGAAUCCACACUGGUAAUUUGACACACUGAAAAGUCAGUUGAUGUAAAAGAAGUGAUUCCUGCUAAGAAACGAAAAACGCAAUAGUGGAAUGAGACAUUCAUCCCACUAGUUGAAAAGUUAUCUUCCUUCUGGUUAACUUAUAGACGGGUAGUGGGAAUUUAUUUGUCCUAGCUAGUAACGAAAAUUCAACCAGCUGCUUAAGAAACUAUUUUAUCUCAGUGCAAAUCUACUAACGUUUUAUCACAAAUGCUGCAAACCGAUUGGCCACGCUGAUCCCUAUCUAUCAAAAAGUUAUUCCACGAUCGUGCGUAAGAUUUGAGAAGAUAGAUAGCUAAAAUCAUCUCAUAUCCAAAUUAUUUUUUUUCUUCCUCUUGUUUCAGAGUUUGAGGUGAAUGUGGUAAUAGUUCUUUAGGAUGAUCAUCUCAUCACAGAAAACUUUCCGAUUAAAUGAUAAGAUAUAAAAAGAAUGCCGUACGAUUUUUAGAAAGGAAAGACUCUUGCAAAAGUGUCUCCUUUAGAAAUGAUUGAAGGAAUGCUUCCACAGUCUAGAGUUUCUUGUAUAGGAUUUGAAUGAAACAUUAAAUGUAUGUCUUUAAUAUGAAAAGAAAUAAAUCUGACUUUCUGUUACUUUCGUCCAGGUGUUUAAUUAAAGUGCGAAUAAUAUAUAGCUGCAUUAAAAAUUUUAUGUAUGAAUGAACAAGAAUUUUGUUGGAGGGUGUGUAGUCGUGCCUUUUAUUUUAUGUUCCCCCAGCAAAAAGCCUGAUUUCCAUGUACGAAUGAAAUUAUACCAUACUCAAAUGCAUGACAUAGAUACGCGAAGGUCUUAGAAUAAAAACCUAUAGUACCGUAGUUUUCUCCAUAUGGUCUGUAUCUCAUUUUCUCCUUUUCACUUCCUUCAUCAAGUCUGAAUGGCGGGCGGACUCUGAAACUCUCUGUGAGGAGACCUUCAUUUGAUUGUUUAUUGGCAAUGACCCCAAAAAGGAACAAAUUGUUUUUCUCAUUCGCAGUGACAAAUUGCACCAUACAUUAUUUUGAGCUCAUUACGCAAUAUUAAAAGUUUUCACUAACAUUCCAUGGGGACGUUCACUUUUUCCCGUCAUGAUUAGAUUCACCAUGCAAAUAUCUAUAAUCUCCUUGCAUAGGGACAGUUUCUUUUUCGCAUAGGGGGAUUACCAUCUUUCAAUUGCCUUUAGUUGCCUCUAUCAGAGUUUACGAGAUUCAAUAAGUCUCUUUGGAGUUCUUAUUGUACGACGAUGAAUUUUUAACUUGUAUCAAAAGUGAAUUUUUAAACUAAAAUUCGAAACGUAAAUCGAAGUCCAAUACGAACUCGAACUCGAAAACAAACUCGAUUACACCUCACUCCCCCUAAGCAGAGACGAUAGCGAUUGACAUACCACGUUAACUAUUUCAAACUCAGUCAAUCCUUUGGUCAACACACGUGUGAAAUUGAUUCGACUGAAAAGAGGGAAAGUUUGUUUUUGAGUGCUUUGAACACAGCCGGUGGGUGUUUCGGGAAACUGUUUCAAGCAUCCUUAAAUCUGCUACUUCCAAUUUUGUACACCAAUACUGCGCAUAAUUACAAAGGGAAUUUAUUUGCAUAUCUUAAAGACGUUCUCUUGAAAGCCCUGACUAACAGUGGAACUUCCAUUUAACGAAGUACCAAGAGACUGGGGAAAUUGAUUCGUGAUAUCAAGGGUUCGCUAUAUCGAAAACCUCAAUUAAACAAAUUUGCGGAAAAACAACCAAAAUGUUCAUUAUAUAGAGGGAUGGUUAAUUUUUUUUGUAGUGUCAGUUCGUGCUACCCAGCAUUUUGAGAUCGGAACGAUUACUGUUAUUAACAUUUGUGCUUUAACGUCUAUAUGAAGCUACAGUACGUUGCACAGGUCUGUCCAUAGCUACAGCACAAAUUUUCGAUAGUUUCAGUUUCGGCAUUAUAAUGAGCUGUUAACUGUGAAGUUGUUCUAUUGUUACAGAUCUGAGGGAUUUUGAUCCUUGUUGGUCUGUUUCGCAUUUGUCUUUUGUCACGUGUUGACAUAGGCUCGUUUUAUCAGGGUAUAUUAAACAUUUGGGCCUCUGCAUUGUGUUCGUUGUAACGGGGAUUUCGUUAUAUCGAGGUUCGUUAUAUUGAGCUUCUUUCCCAUACAUUUUACUGUAACUUUGGCCGGGCUAAAGAGUAUCGUUCGUUAUACCGCGGACUUCGUUGUAUCGAGGUUCGUUAAAACGAGGUUCCACUACAAUUGCGACCAGUUAUAGAGGAACUAUUGUGAACGGCGAAGCUGGUUACUCGUCAGGAUCUUUAAAGUAUUUGGAAUGAAGCUUGGAGCGUUUAUGCUUCUUCUUGGAAGUAAGCACUUUUGAAUAUGAUAAGUUAAUUUUUCAAACGUACAUUUAAACGAACUAAUUAGUGGUUUGAGAGUAUGGUAUGAUGACUGAUGAGGGCGAAGCCAAAAUCUGUUAUCGCGCGAUAAAUGUUAAGAGCGUAAAAUCGAAUUGUUUAAAAUCUACCAAACGUUCAACCUCAUUAGUAAGACAGACUCAUUGAAGUUGAAAUUGAAUAAUGAUCUAAACUGCAAUUCCAACGCACGGAUAAUUGACACUCGCACCUCAAGGCGUUUACCCCUGUGUACUCCUUUGCGUUUUUUUCAAGGAUCAUUGAAAUCUUCAUUCGCUCGAACCUGAAACGAAAAGUCUUUUGUUAAUAGGUACUUUACAAGUGGCUGAUGACUCGAUUUAUUAAUUUGUCUUUCUCAUAGAUAGCUUCCGCUAAUUUUUGUUCUCAAAUUCCUUAUUUCUUGAAGCGAGGAAAAUCUCGUAAAUGAUUAUGCAAGGCAGAGAAAACAAUUUUUGUACGACGUCAGCCAUGCGUCUGAACUCUUAGAGAUCUUUGGUGACUGAUCACGAACAGUUUUGGCAUAAGUAAAGUUUGUUUCAAAAAAAGUGCGAAGUUCAGAUUUUUAUUCACGAUUUGGAAAACUUGGGAAAGUGAACGAAUUGUUUAGUUCAGUAAACUACUUUUUGUUCCCAUUUUUUUUUCGACGCGUUCUGAUGGGGAUGAAACAAAGUACAGAUGCAUGGAGUAACUUUGUCACGCCAUCAACCAAUCUGCGCAAUGGCUGAAUAUUUCCCGGACUUCUAUGUCUUGCAUGACCUAGAACGCAAAUAUGAAAACGAGCUCCUGGCUUCAACUUAUCCAGAACAACUUGUAAAUAAUAGGACAAAUUACAUGGAGAUAGAGAGAGAAGUUUCGGAACUAAUGUAUUAAUGAAAACACCGAAUCAGCUAGUAGCAACAAGAGAAAUAAACAACUGUUUGCAGCCAUGUCAAUCUCCAAAAUUGACGAAAUUACAAUGUGAGCAGAGACGUAAAACACCAAAGAGAAGGUUUUUGAAGGUUCUCACGCUUUAAGACUCUCUCAAGCAUAAGUACGGUAAAAGAAUUCAAACACUGCUAACACUCAUAUGAUAAAUAGUAAUAGUUUUCUUCAAAAACAAAUCAAACAGGAAUGAUGAAAUACCUGCUGACUCACGGAGCUAUUUCAUUUUGCGAACCAUUUCAGCUUGUGAGCUAUUUCAGUUUGUGUGCUAUUUCAGUUUGUGAUCUUGAUGGUUUUACAGUUUGACUGCUUUAAUCUUAUUUAAUCAAAUUAUAUGAACCAAUCUAACAAAGGUUCAGAUCGGUCUAUUUUGGCGUGCUUUAUGAGAGUACCUCGUUUCGUUUGGAAAUAAAGUUUGUUUUGAAAAUUUUCACGAAUGCGUGGCGAAAUUAACGUUUUCUCCAUCAUGAAACUAAUAAAAAACAAUUGGGAAGCGGCCAGAGCACUCAACAAGAAGUUGGGAAAACCCUCGACUACGUCUCGUGUUUCCCUUUCACUCUCCAGCCGCUUCCUGCGUGCUUUACAACAGAGCAAAGCACAAUCAAGGCUUCUUUAUUUGUGGCCCGUAAAGAGGCAUUACUGACUAUACCGAGGCUAUGUCCACAUAACAGGAGUGUGUGCAGCGAAUGAGUGACUUUUCUAAGUUUUGCAACGAGUGAAUAAAAUUCUGUGCAAAGCACUUUCAAUGCUGUAAUAUGUUUAUUAUGUAUAAAUACAUACACAACGAGAAUUAAACAUAUCAGUGUUAUCUUUCCCGAAAUCAUAGGCUUGCAUACAGAACCGCAAAAAAUUCAAGAGAGAAUCGUAAAAGUGCGCAACAUGUUAACGUAAUAUUCAUUAUUAAAUAUUAUCCGUAUCAGAUAUAGAAAAACUAAAUUUUAACUCAUAGAAAUAUAUCAUCUUCUUUAUGAACGUCAACCGUUAAUAUAGGUGACCCAAACGUACGUGCAUGUGAUUUGGGGGUUUAAAGGUCAUAAACAGGAACAUGUAAUACCAGGAGAAUAUUAACCUCAAGAUGUGUAUUAACUAGAGUAGUACAAGCUAAAAUUUCCUCGGUAUGAAAUCUAUCCCCUUUUCAGAUUUAUUAAAUUUCUCUUUAGUUCAUUGAAGUUGAAAUUCCCUCAAUAUUACACGGUUGUGGGAUAAAUUUAGAUUGAAUUUUAAGCAUUCGCGUGUGCCAUGAUGAUAAAAACGUGACAGCUUUUAUUGAAUUCCUUUGUACCGUAUGUUGGGCAUUAUACAUAUCAAGUAUAAUAUCUCUUUAGGCCUUUCCCCCACCCCUCCCCCCACUACCGCUGCCUCUAUCUCCAAAUCAAACAUGGCUGGUUGAAUAAACGAUCGCGAGUUUCUUAAAGUUAACUAUCCCUAUUAAGACGCCUGCACUGCAGGCUACACAUAGCACGUCUUGCAAAAGUUAAUCCAAAAAUAAGUUUUCGUGGUUUUUCUUUCAGGUAUUGUGGUGCUUCUUCCGAAAGCAGCAAGUGUUACUGGUAAGUGUUGUAGUGCAUCAAUUUACGUGAUUCUCGUCUUUGGUUUAAGUAAAAAUGUUUCGGUGAAUUUUAGCUACGAAAUGACAAUUGAAUAAGGUAAGAUAUGUAGGAGAUAUACGAAUUCAUUGCCAUAUUUUAUAAACUUUGGGUCAAUGAAUGUUCAGGCAGUCGACAUAAAAGUAUUACAAGCAAUCGAAUUGAAUCAGUGUUUUGCUUGCUGUUUUACUAUAGACACCGACGAGACAAAAUUCCAAGGCUUUCUCCCUUGAAAAACAUGAUAAUUGUUCAAUUUUUGUGUGGGUGUAUUUGUGUGAGAUCGACUUCUCUCGAUUGCCGAACUCAGUAAAAACUCGAUCCACGGAUCGAGAUGGGUAGAGGUCGCCUGGUAUACCGUGUACAAAGAUUCAAUACGCGAUGAACUCAGUGUUUCUAUCUGUUCCCACGUCUUAAAAACACAUUUUUAAUCUACGGCCGGACUGGUUAUAGGCACUAACAUCCGCAGCAGCAACUAGUGGUCGUUUAGAACUGAACCACACUUGAAAGUAAAUGUCAUGUAUUAUACACGUAACAAUCACCAAAAGAGUAUGGGGAGAGUGAACUAUAGAAGACACAUGGUCGACUUAUUUGUGUACAUUUGUCUUUUUUCAUCGGUUAUUUACCUAACGAGUACACAACAAUAACCGUGGCUUUAAAUUCUUUCGACAAUACCAUACGCAUCAGUAAUGACUGGAUCAGAGGUUCUACUGAGCUUUAAAAAAAACUCCAUCAGUUUUUGUGUAAAGGAAAAUCACUUUCUUUUCAACGGACAGCUUAGUUGAUGCAAAGCUUAGGCUGGCUUUUCUCCGUCAAUCACCGGUGCGCAUUUCACUCGGACGAUGCCCUCAUUUUUCAGUUCAGGUCAUGAGCGGUGCGACCAUGUGCUUUGUUCGUUUUCUCUUAGGCGUGGUUUUUCCAUUCACGAAGGUUGCGGGGAUUCCACGUUUCUGGCAACGGCUCGGUUACGUGGGAUAUGGUUUUCGGUCUUCUUUUUUUAAGUUGAUGGGCCGGAAAGCUAUCUACAUCUCGAAUUGAAGUAUUUGCCAUGUUUAGUAAGACGAGAUAUUUUUCUCAUUCUGAGUUCAUGGUUUUGCUUAGUCUAAGCAUCGUUAUCCUUACAACAAAUUCUACUUUGCCUUUGGCUCCGCUUCUUGGCUGAGAUGGUCAUGAGCUGGAUGCAUCUUGAUGAGCGUCUCGAUGAUUACCAUAGUAAUCUGAGCUUCUACAUGACUCUUGGAUACGUCAUAUUAGUGAGCUGGAUUAGUACCCAGAUGUAUGACUUGUAGUACAAGCGAUGAGAUUAGCAAUGAAUCCUUGAGAUUUUCCUUAGUUAGGCCAAAACAGGAGUUCUCAUUUUUUUAAUUAAGAAAUUUUCUAAAAGGGCAUCAAUACGACCAAGUAGUUUCUUCUUUUUUCCCUGCGUCCAUCAUGACACCUUUAGGGAUUUUCGGGAUAUAUUUCCCUGGCACUUCACGACAAGGUAGCAACCUUUAGACACCUACAACAUAUGGUUGAAAGGUGGAAAAAUUUAUCAACAGAAUGGGCAUUUUUUACCGCGUAUAAAACCAUUCCUGAAAAUGUCCAACACUUCCACGGAAACUCCAUGCAACGCCAGCGCCGCUCUUUUCGUUAAUUCAUAGGCGUAAGCAUUAGCAUGCUGAAAUGCAUGCGUGUUAUUGAGCAAGAGCUAUUGCAACGGAAUGAUCGGUUUUGUUAAAUGUCAAUUUUCCGAAAUACAUAUGUAGAAAGCCUAAAUAUUUUGACUUUAUGCACUUCAACAUAAAUUUCCCGUCGAUCAAAGUAAGAAUUCUUCAAAAACGCACCUAUCCGGCGAACUUAAGUAACUUAAGAUAAGAAUUCAAGGCGUUCCGCAUGGUGUUUCCAAUUCACACCUAUCGUAAAUUCCUUCUUGCGACCCAAAUACGGCAAAUAAGUAUAUCAUUAGUCUCCCGACAGCGAGACUGGCCAUUCCGCCGCUUUCGUCGCCAUUUAUAUUAUUUGAAAGAAGAUGGCAAGGGUAAAACGAACUUAGAACAGAUCAGAGCGCACAAUUCUGCUUGUUAGUAUAACUGCCGAAAUCUGCACAAAGGUAAGAAACAUCAUACAGCGAGAAUAGUUAUCACAAAGAACACCACUGACAACAUAACACUACACUUUCCACAACUGAAUAACGCUACAUCCCUACGAGACUAUGACCUGAUAAGGUCCAGCCCAUCUCCUUGUAACGACAUAUUUCGUCCGACGAGCAACCGCCAUCUUUUCACAAUCAUGAUGGAGUUUCUUGAUCAAAAGUAGUUUGCUGAAGGAAAGGGUAAAUUAGUAUUAUCAACUCAGUUGAUAAUGCUAAAUUACUCUGUCAUACUCUUCCACCUACGCAGCACCAUAGUUUUUUAGAAAUAUACCCCCUUUAUUUAUUUGCUGAAGAAAAGACGUGCAAACAUCAAAAGCAAAAUUUAGCUUAAACCCGGCGUUUCGGUGACAUAAUGUGUUUAUUCUCGUAGUGUCUCUCAUAAACCUAAAUAAAGGAAUGACAUCCACUAGUCGUGGAUUCCUUGCCAUCAAGUCCAUAGACGCGCUCGCGCAAGUGCCCGUGUGUAGUCACAUUGGCUGGAAUCCUACAAGCUUCGUAAGACAGUUUCACUUGCUUGAUUAGUGAGUAAGGAGAAGUUGGACUCCAUCAUCAAAGAGACGUUUUUUUUACGCAGGCUUGUAUUGAAUAUGUAUUCGUGCCAUGGUCUAUAUUUGCUGUAUGCAGUAAAUUUUCAACUCAAGUUGGUCUUCUCGCUAUUUUCUUGGUAAUGGUAUUAUCGUCAUGACAACGAAACAGUUUUUGGACAAUGUUGCUGUUAUUGUUUUGUUUUGUUUUUCUUUUUUGUAUGAAUGGACUCGAGCCCAAUGAUUUUGAUAUUUGCCCUCUGCUUUCGUUUUGGAGGUGCUCCGACCCAAUUUCUAAGGAAAACGACAAACAAACGAACUUGGUGUUUCUAUGAAAAACUCGCUGCGCAAUUUGAGUUUAAGUUCAAAUGUUACCUUAUGUGAUGGAAUUUUGGGUUGUUGUGUUUCUACUUUGUUCACACCCUUUGUCAGUAUGAUGUGCUUGUGUGAAACUCGGAUUUCUCUUGAUAAACAUUGUAAGAGGCUCUCCUUAUUUUACUCUGUAUUUAAUUGUUUACGAUAUUUCUUCGAAUAGCUUGCUAAGAUUACAAAUCAACCAUUACCUCCUUUAAAAUAACUGGUUUAUUUCUGUUCACACCAAACCAGUUGUUCGUCUAAUAAAUUCCAACAAUUCGCCUUCUUCUGGUCGCGUUGAAGUGCUGUACAAUGGCACAUGGGGAACCGUCUCUGGCAGCUAUUGGGACCUAAAGGACGCUGAUGUAGUUUGUCGCCAGCUUGGUCACGAUGGAGCCUUGUCAGCGCCUCGCUAUACAGUAUUUGGACGACGAACUGGUCCGAUAUGGCUGGAUCACGUGCAAUGUGAAGGAGAUGAGACAUCCAUAUCACAGUGCAUUCACAGAAUAUGGGGAGUUCACUCAUACUGGCCUUUUUCAGCUGCUGGUGUGGCGUGCCGACCCAAAGGUAGAGUAACGAUACGAGCACUUUUUAUUGCCAUAUUUACUAAGAAUGUAAAGAGCCAAACAGAACACGAGAAAGACGUUGCAAAAUUUGACAGUAAUAAAAUUAACCUUUCCUUCACGGACGAUGGGAAGCCCACAAAUCUGGGCAUACUGAGGACGCUGGAGUAGUUUGUCGACUAGCGGGUAAGGAGGUAAUACUCCUACAUCAUACAUAAUUUAGAAGACACAAACGUCCUCUCAAUUUUUUAUUUUUCAUAACCUAUAAUGCUAGCAGGGCGAAUUCGAGUAAACUAAAAUGUUACCGCCCCUUUUCUCAAAGGGCAUUUCUAGUGUUGAUAUGUUCAUAUUUUCUUUUAUUCUGUCGAACGAUCUGGUCGAAUGCAAUUUACCAUAUAUACCUAGCUCAGAGCCGUUGCCUGACUUCAGAACAAGGCGAGGCAAGUUUCGAGCGCCGAAGGCGUGAGCCGCCAGGGGGGUCUGAGGGCAUGCCCCCCCCCCCCCCCCAGAAAAUUUUGAAAUCUAGAGGUUCAGAUGGCAGUUUUGGCAGUUUUCUUUAAUCUUGGGCCAAAAUCAAGACGAGGCAAUUGCCUCGUCUUGCCUCACGCUAGCUACGGUCCUGUAGCUAAAUUUUAUCCUUAUACUCGCAGUUCGUUUGGUGAGCCCCACCAAUUUACCGUCAUCUGGUCGUGUUGAAGUGUUUUAUAAUGGGAAAUGGGGAACCAUUUGUGAUAACUUAUGGGGCUCACAGGACGCUGAUGUAGUGUGUCGCCAGCUUGGAUACGAUGGAGCUUUAUCAGCACCUAGAGCCGCAGCGUUUGGACAAGGAACUGGUCCGAUAUGGCUGGAUAAGGUUAGAUGUUUUGGAAAUGAGAAAUCCAUAUUGCGAUGCAGUCACCAAGGAUGGGGAAUUGAGAACUGUGGGCAUAGUAAAGACGCUGGUGUGGUUUGCCAACCCAUAGGUAGAGUAACGAUACGAGUACGUUGUAUUACCAUCUCUAGCAAGCAUAGAAAUAGAUUAAUCAGAAUUAGAGAAAGCCGUUGCAUAUUCGACAGUAAUUCAAUUAAACUUUUUCACCGCGCGAUCUUAUUCCCACACAACAAUUCUUUAAAGCGUUUGACUGCAACCUUUAAUGAAAGCCCUAAAUUGUAUUCAGGAUGAUUGACUUUAGAAUCAACAACAACAACAACUGAAGCUCAUAUAGCUUGGAAUGUGUUCAUCACUGGGUAUAGUAAUGAGCAAUAGUAAAGUGAAGCUAUGUAGUGUAUCUAAAGGCUGAAGGCUUUUUAAUAUCUCUAUUACUGGACUCCACCAAAUGAGACGAUAAAACUCAUGAGUUGGCUUUUUUCGACGGCUUUGUUUCUUUUCGACAGAAAUACUCGGAGGAUAAAUAUCGACGGGGUUAUUGCGUGAUAGCAGUCCGGUGAUUUUGCACCACUGACCUAAAAUAGCCAAUAAAAUUGCGCGAAAAUUAAUUUGCUCAGACAAAGACUUAACGCUGAACGUGUCAAUCGUUUAAAAUGCCAAAAUGCCAAAACUCGCUAUGGCGGCUUACUUCUUGGUGAUAAUCCUUGAUGUAUAGCCCUUUGCAAGGCAUUGCGUGAAACAAUCUUCGAUGUAGCUCUCAUUAGGGAAGGUGAUGAGGUACUGAAAUCGAUUCUCUAUAGACAAAGAGUCUCGCUAAGACUGGUCCUCUCAAUUUCGCGGGAUAAAAGCUGUUUUAAUUAAGAAAAUGCUUUGCGACAAAUUAUCAAGAAGACGUUUCGUCCUUAUUCCCUCAAUUAAGAACAUUAUCCUCUGCUAUUAGUCGGUGUAUGACAUACUGUCGUUCCUUGGUAUAAAUGACGAUGAUGAAUCGUUCUGAUGCCAAGUAGAAGUCUACUACUUCGGCUAAGAAGAUUGUUUAAAAGGCCGUUAAGGCGUUUAUCUAGAAGAGACGGGUCCUUUUUUGUCGAGUAAUCUGCUGUAGUUUUGUAGUUUAUGAAAGAAUGAAGUAGCGGUUGCACUUGUUCAAUAAAGACAGGGAUAAAAAAUUCAAUUGCAGUAGUCCAUACCCUGAAAGUUUUAAAAUUCGCUCGGUUUGACUCUUUCGCAUUUACGAUGAUGUGCAAGCGAAUAGAGCAUUUGCAAGGAUGAUUUAGAGCCAGGAUUGAUUGAGACAACUCUGCUUAAGACAGGUUGUUGAAAGUUGUUUCUCGAAUUAGCGUAAUAUGGCAGCCUCGAGUGAAGAAAGUGUUAUCCUCUUGUAGAUACAAGAUAGUGACUUCAACCUUUGCACUCCGAGUCGGUUUUCUUGUAUUGCUCGACAACACUAAGAUGAAGAGGACGCAAAAAAUCAGAGAAAGGUAAAUCUGAUUCGAAGUAUAAAUAUCAACUGUCGUCUUGAUAGAGGUACAAAGAGAUUUUCCGAGUGCCAUGCUUCCCGCCGAAGGGUAAAUAAUUUCUGUAAGCGUUUUGAAAACAAAAGUCUUCAAUAUCUUAAAAAGAAGAAACUAGUUCAUGCGCCCGUCACCUCACCAGGUUGUCCCAUCCAAAAUAAUUAUGAUCAUUCAAAUGCAUGAAGCCAAGUUUCUUUUCGCCUCGAGGACCUUCUCAUAGCAGCUCAGGAGGCCAGUAGUUAGCCCUGACACAAUAUCUGGGCUACAUCUCCAGUUUGGAAAAGAUGCCGCAAUUGAACAGCAGAUAAUAUUAUUAUUUGCAGUCAGUCAGCCAAAAUCCGCUCUCUCCUAAAGAAAUUGCUCAAAACUCGACAAAAAAGGAGCUCAGCACGAACAAAGGAUGACUCAUAAGGGGUCUCCCUGCGCCGUGUGAACUAAUUUAAGAGGCUUAUUUCGAUGAUUUUCUGGUGCUAGGUGUGACGAAAUUCAUUCGGAAACAGCGACUUUUAGAGGUCUUGAUGGUUUGCAACAGUGACAUUACUAAUAAUAUGCGUGUUUGCAGUAUCACAAAACCAGACAGGCUACCACAGCCUUACCACUUAGGAUACGUUCCUACUUAAGAUAAGUUUUCGGUUUUCUUGUAUCGCUCGACAACAUUAAGAUUAAGAUUAAAAGGACGCAAAAAUUCAGGGAAAGAUAAAGCGGAGAAAUCUACGUCGGAGUAUAAAUAUAGACUGUCGUCUUGAUAGGCGGACAAACAGCUUUGCCGAAUGCCAUACUUCCCGCCGAAGGGUAAAUAAUUUCUGUGGGCGUUUCGAGAACAAGACUCUUCAAUAUCUUUUUUUAACAAAACACUAGUGGAACGGCGGUGGAAUGUAAACGAUACCAUGGUAGACUUACUAAGCUAGUUGCUACAAAGAAGGGCGAAAGCUAUGCCACUAACAUUUCAUGGAUCAGGGCAAGAGUGUCCUUUGCACUGCUGAGAUCAGCAUUACUUUGCUUAGAAGGCUCGCAAGCUUCUCGAAGAGUUCGUUUAGAAUUGCCGGACAUUGAUAGGGAUAUUGAAAGAGAACAUGCAAAUAUUCGUUAUGGAAAUUAUAGAAAGUGCAAGCUUUCAUUGUUUGAUAAAGCAUCUAUAGCCAAUGAUUGAUACAUUUCUUGUUACUAGUUUGUUACUUGUUAAUUUUAAUAAAAAAACUUAUUUAUCGGUUUGUAGAAUUUUAGAAAUGAAAUUGGUAUUUUUAGUUAUUAACAAGACAGUUUUCUCUUGAACAUGGUCAAUUUUCAAGAACUACACUUAGAAGUUGAUUUUCCUGAUGUAAUCAUUUUUAGUUCUAAUUGGCAAAUAAAGAUUAUUGAAGGCUAUUAAAAUUGAAAAAAAGACAUGUAUUAUUAUCAUUAUUCAGUGAAAGCCUGCGCUUUAUUGAGACGUUUGCCCAUACCGAAUUGGCGAAGCUGCCAGGCUUCUCGUAAUUUCUAAGGUGGUACAUUGGAACCUGUUAGUUCUUACUAGUUUUCUGUUAACUUUUAUGCCUACUUUACAGCUGUUCGUUUAGUGAAUUCUUAUUCAUCACAUGCUGGUCGUGUUGAACUGCAGUAUAAUGGUACAUGGGGAACAAUUUGUGGCGACUAUUGGGACUUGCCGGACGCUGAUGUGGUUUGUCGCCAGCUUGGAUACGAUGGAGCUUUACGAGCAGUUAGUAACGCAGCAUUUGGAGAAGGAACAGGCCAGAUAUGGUUGGAUGACGUGCAAUGUUUUGGCAAUGAGACAUCAAUAUCACACUGCACUCACUUAGGAUGGGGAGUUCACAAUUGUCUUCACUAUGAGGACGCUGGCGUAGUUUGCCGACCUGCAGGUAAUGCGGCGAUAUACACACACAAUGGACAACCCAAAGCCAACAAAUUCUCUUUCUCCCUUAUAUUUUUUAGCCUUUUGUGCAAAGUGGUGCGUAUAACGCUAUUUUUAGUAAAUCAAUGUCAAGUAAAAUACAAGUAAAACCAUCCAUAACAUACAUGUGAAAUAUCCGCUUACAAGCUAUUCAGAAUAAUCUUUCUUUCAAAAUUAUUUCAAGAAGGUUCCUGUUAUUUUGAUAAACAUCAAAAUCGGUUGCUGACUUAAAUAAACUUUUAUGAACUGGCUAAGCAUCAUUUCCAGCACAGAAACAGAUCUUUUGACGAGCCCUCACAAUGUUAAACAAGCUUGCUCAUAUUCUCACAUCGUCAACAGUUCGUUUGGUCAGCCCCACCAAUUCGUUGUCGUCUGGUCGUGUUGAAGUGUUUUACAAUGGUACAUGGGGAACCAUUUGUGACCACUCGUGGGACUUACAAGACGCUGAUGUAGUUUGUCGCCAGCUUGGAUACAAUGGAGCUUCAUCAGCACCCCUAGCCGCAGCAUUUGGACAAGCAACUGGUCAGAUAUGGCUGGAUAAUGUUAGGUGUUUUGGAAAUGAGAAAUCCAUAUCACAGUGCAGUCACCAAGGAUGGGGAGUUGAGAACUGUGGGCAUAGUCGAGAUGCUGGCGUAGUGUGCCGCCAACUAAAAGGUCAGUUAGAUUAUGAUCGUGCAAACUAUUAUUUUCAAUCAUUUUAGUUCUCUAAAUCCAAUUCAAUUCGAUUCUUGAAAGCUUUACAACAAAGAACUUAAGGCAUUCCAUGGAAGCACGGGUUCAAACCCCCGCCAAAGUUUAAUUAUUUCAUACUUAACUAUUUUUCCGCAACUUUUUCAACUCCAGUUCACCCGUGACGAUCAUUUUGUUACCUGUGAUCAUCCGAUGGUUGAAGUAAUAUAUAGAUUUAGCCAAGCCUAAAAGCGGAGCUCGCAUUUUUUUUUCCCGCACGUCUCAAGGGCACAACGCAUUUCCCUGGCCAGGACUAGAACCCGGGUCGUCCGACUCGGAGCCCAGUGCACUGACCACUGGACCACUGGACAAAGCCGUGGCGUGUGCCCGCGGUACAGUUGACCACGCAUGUUAAAAGUAGCACCUUGUACGGUCGUACGGUCGAACGGUCGUACAACCAAAUUUUUUCGGCUUGAUGGGUUACUACUAUUUUGUAUAAUUAUGGGGCUACGCUCUGCGAGCUCCGCUAUAACCUAUCUAUCAAGUAUAUUAUUUUUGAAAACGAACUCUUUUGGUCUCUAUUCGGGCCAAAAUUUAGGAUGCCAAUUCUAAACUUUUAACCAUUUGCACCAAAUUAACGCCCAAAAACUCGACUAACUUGUCGGUCCUCAAAUAACUAAUGAUAUAUCGCCUGAAAGCCUCAAAACUGUAGAUACCAUUCCAGAAAAUUUUCUACUUUCCGAUUCAGAAAAUUCAGUUCUCAGUAAGGGCUUAAAUUUUGUUUCCAUUUCCAAAAAGACCAAUGAACUUUCAGUUAAGCAAGACGUUGAAAACUUCCUUCGCCGCGUUCGAUUCAGUUAAGCAAGACGUUGAAAACUUCCUUCGCCGCGUUCGAUUGAGAGCCUUUUUUCACAACAAACAGGUUGAUUGUAACAACUCGAACAAAGAUACUUUCGAAACACUUCAGAUUGGAAAUUCUAAAAAAGACUCUCCAAGAGGGCCAAUUUGAAUCUUUAGAUUUUUUCAUAAAAAAAUGUCGUCACGAUAUUAACAAACUUAAAUUCAAUCGUAACACCAAAUUUUCCUACUUUUCUUCGGAAAAGUGGUCGACACUAAAAGGUCUAGAAAAAACGUAAAGACCUAGUUAUUAAAGCGACCGACAACGGCGGCGCAUUCGUUGUUUGGCGGGCCGACCUCUACUUAGAAAAGCUUUCGGGUAACUUUCUGACACUUCUUUAGAUGCAAAAGUUGACAAAGAUCUCACUUUCAUCAACCAAAACAUUGUCAAAAAUACGGCUAACGAUCUUAUAGCUAAACAAGAAUUGCCGGCCACCGCAAAAAAUCUUACCAUCACCACUCCUUGAGCUCCGUGUAUUUACUUUUUACUGAAAACCCACAGACCUAACAACCCAGGUCGACCCAUCUGCCUGUAGUCGUCCUUCCGAACUCAUUUCCAGCGAUUUAAUGGUACCUAUUUAUUAUGGUACCUAUCGUCAAAACUUUACCAUAUUACAUUAAGGAAAGUCAACAUGUACUUGAAAUUUUUCGCGACCUUAAUUUCCUUGGCCAAAACAAACUUACUUUCACUAAGGAUAUUACAUCUCUUUAAACUGUCAUUCCCGAUGACGAAGUCUCCGGGCCCUCAAACAUUUUUUCGAUCAACGCACUGUUAAGGAACCUAGCUCUACUCUACUCUACCUAGCCGAACUAGUACGUACACUCAAUUGCUUUUCAUUCGGUGGAAUCUACCACAAACAAGCCAAUGGCGUAGCCAUAGGUACCAAAAUGGGACUCAGCUACGCCAAUCUUUUGGUAGGUUUUAUCGAACACCAAUUCUUCAGUCAAUACAACAGCCCUAAAACCUGAGUUCUACGGUCGCUACACUGACGGCUGCAUCGGCGCAACCUCCUCUACCAGAGCGAAGCUCACUCAAUUUACAACCGCCGCCAAUACCUUUAACCUGGCUCUGAAGUAUACCUAGGAAAUUUCCGACACCGAAAGUAGUGUUUACUACAAACCUACAGAUUCACAAAGUUACUUGUUAUAUUCAUCUUCGCAUCCAUCACGCGCAAAGAAGUCCAUACCUUUUUCACAGUUCAAUCAGACCUCGUCGUGUAUAUAAUGACGACUCUGAUUUUUCCAAAGAAUCAGAGGCAAUGCGCCAGUUUUUCGAUAAAACGUGGCUAUCCUGUUUCUGUCGUUCAAGCUGGCCACCGCCGCGCCCAACAAAUUGAUCUACAGUCAGCACUACAAACGGCUGGGAAGGAAAAUACUGAUCGCAUUCCAUUCACUCUCACAUUUCACCCUCACAACCGGGUGGUUAAAUCUAUCAUUCUUAAAAAACUUUAAAUUACUUUAAAACGAUUCAGAGACAGGUACUAUCUUUUGAAAACCUCCACUAAAUUCAUUCAAACGCGACAAAAACAUAGGCAACUUUUUGGUCAGAAGUUCAUUUCAAACCAAUGACCAAUGUGGAACUUUCCAUGCGCCUGGUCACGAUGCAAAACGUAUCCUUUCAUUCACAACGUAGAGAAAAUUUCGGGACCCAAAAGAUCCAUUAAGAUCACUGAUCACUUCACAUGCACCUCCGCCAAAUGUUAUCUACUGCAUAACUUAGUUGCAGUUAUUGAAAAAGUUAUUCAGAAAGACGACUAGGUGACCGAUUCCGAGAACACCUUCGCGUAGAGAGAAAUGGCAAGGAUGCAUCUAAAACAUUCGCCAGACACUUUUAUCUCCCUAACCAUUCUAUGCAGCAUAUGGUAGUUUGCGGCCUUUCCCUACAUCUAGGCAAUUCGGAAAGCCGAAAAAUUCUAGAAUCAAAAUUUAUCUUUCAAAUUGGCGCUCUUAAUCCCCACGGUAUCAGCACCUAG